AUGAAGCGUCUGCUUUUCUUCUACAUUUUCUUACAUCUCCUUGGUAAGUAAAAGAUGGCGAGAGAAGCACCUAAGUCUGAAGGAUGAGGGAGAAACCAGUCCACCCACACGCCCAACGUUUGUGAUGAGCAAUGGAACUAUGAAUCUGGUAGUUUUGUGAGUUAUUUAAAUUUCAAGCAGGGGAAAAAAAUCACUUCCAGAUGGACAAAGAGAUAGCACUGGAGUGGCAAUCUACAUAUCCAGAGCAGUGCAAUUAUGAAAGUUGGGUAUUUUCUGAGUUUUUUGUUCUGUCUUCUGUCCCUGAAUUCCUGACACCCCACCCCCACCCCAUGUAAGGCCUGAAGCGAUGCACUGUAAAAUGACUUCUGUUGAAUAUGCAUGGCUAUUUAGCAUUCAAAGACCACAAUUCCUUACUGCGGGAACCGAGUAAAGCAGAAGACAGAAUAUUUAUAGAAAUGGAAAACUGGAAUCAAAACUGGACAGCAACAGUCCAUGCAAAAUCAGCAGCAGUAGUAAAUACUAGUACAAAUAAUAAUGUAAACAGAAAACUUGAUUAAAAUCUAGCUCCUGGGGAAGAGGUUUUUAGAAUAUUUCUUUGAGCAUCAUUUUCCUUGUGAAAAUUGCUUCCCCCUCCCCAGACUAUUUUCCAAAACAAUACACAAAUUGUAACAUGGCUAUCUCAAAUUCUGUUUUGCAGAUCUCUAAUGCAAACAUGUGUCUGCUAGGGGGGAAAUGUGAAUAUAUUCAUAUAAUUCACAUAUAUUUGAACAUAGCACUACAAAAAUGCACUCUGUUAGGGGAAAUUGCAUAGAAGAGAUUGCUUAUGAUGCCCUAAAAUGCUGAUGAGUUUACAUUGUUGUUGUUUAGUCGUGUCCGACUCUUCGUGACCCCAUGGACCAGAGCAUGCCAGGCACUCCUGUCUUCCACUGCCUCCUGCAGUUUGGUCAGACUCAUGCUGGUAGCUUCGAGAACACUGUCCAACCAUCUCGUCCUCUGUUGUCCCCUUCUCCUUGCGCCCUCAAUCUUUCCCAACAUCAGGGUCUUUCCUAGGGAGUCUUCUCUUCUCAUUAGGUGGCCAAAGUAUUGGAGCCUCAGCUUCAGGAUCUGUCCUUCCAGUUAGCACUCAGGGCUGAUUUCCUUCAGAAUGGAUAGGUUUGAUCUUCUUGUGGACCAUGGGACUCUCAAGAGUCUCCUCCAGCACCAUAAUUCAAAAGCAUCAUUAGGACUUUAAAAAAAACAAAAAACACUCACAAACUGAUGUGGAAAUGUAGCAGUCUGAGAGAAACCAAAAGUGACAGAUUUUGUCCUUCCCUGCCUCCAACAAAUAUGCUCAUCAAAUAAAUAUCAAAGGCCCUGAGAGUAUGGAACGGCCAUUGUUUGGAAUCUACUCUGUUCUCUUAAUCUCAAGCUGAUUGUGAACCAUAAAGACAUCCCUUCUUACUCACAGCUGCCUCAUUAGCCAAAAAGCACACAAUUUCUGUUGCUUCCUUGCCUCGGACAGUCGAGGAAUUAAAAAGACGAAGCAGGAUAAGAAAUUGUUCUAAGCUUUUAUAGAAUGUUCGCUCCGGAGUCAGAUCUUUCAUAUUGGACGCAUCUAAGACAAUCCCAGUAACCUUCCUAGAGCCUCGGAGCUUGGAAUCCAACUAAUUAAACUUCCACCAUCGUUGGCCCACAGGGCACCAUUUCUUCAGAAAAAGGCUUUAUUAUCGUGAGUCGUGCCGCCGCCCCCUUAUUCAGCCAGCAGCCUUCAGCUUGGUGUGACUUGGCCACUCACAACGCUUGCUAACUAACUCACAAUCAAUGGACCAAAGGCGCUUAAGCGCUGGGGGGGCUUCUCUGUCCAGCUUCAAGCAGUGCUUGGAAGUCAUUUGCUCAUUUUAGGCUCAGAGCAAGAUUGGGGUGAGAGAAGGAUUAUUCAAAGGAAUUGGAGUCCCCCCCCAUGUUUUGUUUUGCUUGUUUCUGGCUAGAGCUUCCUGGCCGCUAAUAAGCGAUUUCUGGAGAAAGGCAGGUAUAUAGGGGAUGCGAGGAACAGACUCUCUGUUCGUGCGUUCCUUUGCCAUGUGUCUGUUCCCUACAUACGGCCAUUUGCCCCUACCCAGCCACCCCCAGCUUCUGCCCCCCAAGCUGGCUUCUUUGCUAGUUCUGAGGAAGGGAGGAUGGGAACGGAAAAUAAUUGAUGGUUGCUUAGCAACCACCAGGCAUGGCCUACAACUUGCGAGGGACUGAGAAGUAUAUCUGGAGAUGGGCAGGCAACACUUGCUCCCUCUAAAAAGGCACCCCCACCCCCAAAGAUACACACACGCCUGCAAGAGAAACUGGCCUUGGCAGAGAAACUGGUAAAGCAGACUUUCCCAAACAACGGAUGGUCGAGGGAACAGGCAGAGCAGGAUGCAGGAGAACCGUGACAGGGCUUCCUGAUGUGGGCAGUUCAGACAAGCACACGUGCCCUCCUGAGUUUCGUGAGUGGGAUAUUAAGGUGUGCUAUUUAAUUUUUUGCUAUUUUCUUAAUGGGGGGGGUUGUAAAAAUAUGUUUAGGGGUGUGAAGAAUUCAAAUCUGCUCUUAUUUUUGUGAUUGCACAACAUCUCGUUGAGUAAGAAGCACAUAAACUGCUUUCAGAAAGCCAAAGAAUUUUAAUGUUGCCUUCUGAAAAUGCCAGGUGACAGUAAACAAAUAAACAAGCAAAAUGAAUAUAUAAUAUAACUGCAAGUACUCUGUAAUCAUUUUUCAUGGUUUCUGAGCCAUUUUACACGCAUUUUACUCACCAAGCAAAACUAAAUCAUAUUAAUUUAAUAAAAAUAGCAUUGGAAUUACCAAGUCAGGCUACAACUUCUUCUUCUCCUUCUCCUUCUCCUUCUCCUUCUCCUUCUCCUUCUCCUUCUCCUUCUCCUUCUUCUUCUUCUUCUGUCGUUUAGUCAUGUCCGACUCUUCGUGACCCCAUGGACCAGAGCACGCCAGGCACUCCUGUCUUCCACUGCCUCCCGCAGUUUGGUCAAACUCAUGCUGGUAGCUUCAAGAACAGUGUUCAACCAUCUCGUCCUCUGUUGUCCCCUUCUCCUUAGCACCCCUCAUUUUUGGUAGUUGACAAAUUCAACACGCCCUAGUGGGAUAUUGCCACUGCCGGCCAUGCCCCCAGGCCCUGGAGAGGCCUCCUGGAAGUUGUACAUGAUUCGGCAUGUAUGAAAGGUGGCCUAAGUGUUUAUUGGUACAUGUGGGUACAGGUCCUCCAUAGAAUGGGAACCCAUUAUCAUAUUUAUAUCUCACCUUCCCCCCCUUAUGGGACUCAAGGUAUAAAUGACCACUCCUAAUGGCUCUGCACCUGGGAAAAUACAAAUACUGUGUAGGCUAUCUUCCCCCUCCACCUUUUGUGGUGAAUCAAAGCUUAUGGGGCUUAUGGCCUUCAAAUGAAUGGGUCAGGGCCCAAUGGUGACCUAUAGUGGUCUCCAGCAGUAAGACCACCACCAUAUAAAAAUAUGGUGAAAAAUUCAAAGGUGGGCUUUGAAUCCGUGUCUGGGCUAAAUAUGGGUCCCUGUUUGUGGGCAGUUGAUUUAGAUGAGGAGACUGGUGUGUAGAAGAUCUAAGCAGCCUCUCCUCCAACGCCACUACUUAAAUGGAAGUGAAACUAUUGAGGCAACUGUAAUUUAAAGAACACAUUACAGUUUUGGUUGUUUUUAAAGCAACAUAUCAGGAGAUCUGAUCAUGGUUGUACCAUGUGGUUUUGCUCCCCCUCACCCCCGUGACUUAAGAGAAAUUCAGUACUUAGACUUACUUUUAUAGACUCAAAAAGAAAAUUUAAAAAGUAAGUGUGAAACUUGACGUGACAUUCAUGUGCCCAGGUUUCCCCUUCUAAAAUAACAGCCGUUGGAGGGGGGAACCCCCUUGGAGGAGACCAUUUAGAAGAAGAAAAACUUUACACGUCUUGAAACGUGUAACGCCUUUAACAUUAUACCUAGUAAUUUAGUUUUAAGAGGAGCUCACCCCAUUUUUGUUUAAUCACAAGUAUUACUAUGAGUAUUACUAGGGAUGGGCGAAUUGGUCAGUUUCAUUUUCUCUCAGUUGCUCAUUUUCCCAAUCUUAAAUUCAGUUCUCCACAUUUCCACAGCACGGUUUACAGUAUAAAGCCAGAAAAAUACAUAACACCAUAACAAGCAAAACUAUGCCACCACCACCCAACUUAAAAGGCCAUAGAUUGUUUAAUUAAUGCAAUAAUAAUAUAAUAAUAAAUUUUUAUUUAUACCCCGCCCUUCCCCGUUCAGAAAACCAGGCUCAGGGCAGCUAACAACAAAUUUAAAACACUUAAUUGAUACAACAAAAAACAGCAUAAAAUACAGUAUAAAACGUGAAUAACAAUAAAUUCAGAAUUCAAAAAUCAAUUGGAGGGGGGAAUCCAUCCAAUAAACAUUAGAUGAUCACCAGGGCUAGCUGGCUAAAUUAGUCCUAUUUGGGCCAGUGAGGAGACCAGGGGAGAAUUAGCUGUGGGAUCCCAGAGAGGGUAAUCUUCAUAAAAAGGGGAGGGGGAGAGAAGGAAGGGGAAUAAAAGAUCAGGCUAAGUUCAAAUUGAAAGCCAGGCGGAAUAGCUCUGUCUUACAGGCCCUGCGGAAGGAAGUUAAAUCCCAAGGCCUGGGAGAAGAGGAAUGCUUUUGCCUGGCACCUAGAUAUAUGUACUGAAGGAGCCAGGCGAGUCUCCCUGGGGCGAGUGUCCCACCGGGGGGGGGGGAGGCACCACAGAAAAGGCCAAUUCUCAUGUUAUUUAUUACAUUUAUAUACCACCUUUUCUCCCAAGAAGGUCAAGGUGUAACACGGUCCUCCUCCUCCCCAUUUCAUUCACACAACAACCCUGUGAGGUAGGUUAGGCUGAGAGAUGACGGCUGGCCCAAGGAGACUGGCCCAUAGCCCACCACUCUAGCCAUCACACCACACUGCCUCUGUGUAUCAUUGGCUCUUGCGCCACCUACUGUCUAGGCUCCCUACCUUCUGUUCAACCACUCCCCAUGGGCGCCAGCCAUCACUGCAAGCAGUAAUAUAUAUAUUGGGUUUGUUUCGAGGGGUUGCUGGUGGGGAAAGGCAUGGAGUGGAUGUCUCUGGCUCGCCAUGUUUAUCGUCGUGUCCAAUGAGGGCAGGUUGGGCAGAAGCAGACACAGGGAUCAGAAGAGAGUUAUUGAAGCUGCAGGCUGGAGGGGGCAGGAGGAAGUUCCACCAGAGCAAGGAGCUUAAUUGUUGUUGUUUAGUCGUUUAGUCGUGUCCGACUCUUCGUGACCCCAUGGAUCAGAGAACGCCAGGCACUCCUGUCUUCCGCUGCCUCUCGCAGUUUGGUCAAACUCAUGUUAUUAGCUUCGAGAACACUAUCCAACCAUCUCUUCCUCUGUCGUCCCCUUCUCCUUGUGCCCUCCAUCUUUCCCAACAUCAGGGUCUUUUCCAAGGAGUUUUCUCUUCUCAUCAGGUGGCCAAAGUAUUGGAGCCUCAGCUUCAGGAUCUGUCCUUCCAGUGAGCACUCAGGGCUGAUUUCCUUAAGAAUGGAGAGGUUUGAUCUUCUUGCAGUCCAUGGGACUCUCAAGAGUCUCCUCCAGCACCAUAAUUCCAAAGCAUCCAUUCUUUGGCAAUCAGCCUUCUUUAUGGUCCAGCUCUCACUUCCAUACAUCACUACUGGGAAAACCCUAGUUUUAACUAUACGGACCUUUGUUGGCAAGGUGAUGUCUCUGCUUUUUAAGAUGCUCCUCAAAGCAAGCAACACAUUAUUUCAGCAUCAGUCACACAGACAAAAAAAGGAAGAUCACAUCGUUUGCAAAAUUCACCCUACUGGCCCUUAGUGUCACUCACCAAUGCAAGUAGGAAGGCAAAGAAGAUUCUCGGGCCAUGGGGAUGACUUAGGCCUCCUAAUAAGACAUAGCAAGCUCUCUGUGAAGAAGCAAGAUACCCUUGGAGGUUUAGAGUAAAGCUCGUGGUGCUCCAAUCAGGAGCACUCAGCGUUGUUGCUGGGAAACUGCUCGAAAUGCAUGUUAAUACCACAGUCUAAAAGAGAAGGCUGUAUGUGGCUGUGAUUUUUGGGUGUGAUUUUUGGGUUUUGUUUGUCCACCCUAGACUCGCAGAGAACAUGCCUAAAAUCUGGAAGGGGCAGAAGUCCUGCCAGCAUUUGUUAUCUGUCAUGUGUGCACACAUACACGCACUGCUUCAGGGGGAGGUAAAUCCAGCAGAGACGGACAUCUUGCCCAAAUAUGCUGGAUUUUGCCUGUUCAGCAACUCCCUCACCCUCAAAGAUGCUGCACCAACUGCCCUUCUGACAGUGAUCACUGUAAACAUCCUUUUUUGGUUUGGGAUUUAAGCAACAGGACUCAGGAUGCUUCCUCAAGCGUGGCUCUUCUGUGGCCACAUUUUGCUUUGUAGAUUUUCUUCAACAUUUCUAAAUAAUGGCAGUUGACGAUCCUUCGCCCUGAUGAGCACAAAGCACUUUCUUGGCUGCCCUCUUCUCAGUAGAUUGGGAAUGGCUUCAGGUGUGAAAGAGGACUGGACGGGGGCGGGGGGGGGGGGCGAGCAAUUGCCAUGCACCCCCUGUUUCUGCAGUUAACAGCUUGUUGCCUUUACCCUUCUGCCAUUUCUGCUUUGGACGCUGCAGCGAAAGCAAGAACUGCCUGUCAAUCUGUGUGCUGUAGUGCUUGCUGGAGUUUGCCAAAAUAUAUGAAGCCAUUCUCUGCCUAGAAAUCGCCUGCAGACUCGGUUCUAGUCUUUUGUGAGCUGAACAGUAGAACAUUGUGGGAACGGCAGGGCAAUCUCUCUCUGGCAAACAGCCAUAGUUCUGUGGUACAGUAUAGCUCCUGGUUCCAAUUCCCUACAUUUUCACUCAGGGCUAGGAAUUCACCUAAGCUUCCUGCUGUACAUGAGGCUUAUUUUGAUCAGAAUCGAGUAUAUACUUCUAGAGUUAACACUAAAUUUGUUUUUUUCUGGUAAAUGAGCCACCGUAGUAGCUAGAGGGCCAUGAAAAUUUGUGUCCUGGGCUUUUUAGACUUGUCUACCCAUGUGCUAUCUGAAACCAAAGGGGCACAUUUCAGAUAUGAAAUAUAUUGGUAUUAUUUUCAUUUCUCCUAUCCCACUACCACUGUUAGCUUCUCCAGUGGUCUUGCUCCACAACAGUUCAACACACCUUUACAACAUCUGUGCUUUGUUGUUGUUGUUUAGUCCUUUAGUCGUGUCCAACUCUUCGUGACCCCAUGGACCAGAGCACGCCAGGCACUCCGUCUUCCAUUGCCUCCCGCAGUUUGGUCAGACUCAUGCUGGUAGCUUUGAGAACACCAUCCAACCGUCUCAUCCUCUGUUGUCCCCUUCUCCUUGUGCCACCAAUCUUUCCCAACAUCAGGGUCUUUUCCAGGGAGUCUUCUCUUCUCAUGAGGUGGCUAAAGUAUCGCAGCCUCAGCUUCAGGAUGUGUCCUUCCAGUGAGCACUCAGGGCUGAUUUCCUUAAGAAUGGAUCUUCUUGCAGUCCAUGGGACUCUCAAGAGUCUCCUCCAGCACCAUAAUUCAAAAGCAUCAAUUCUUCGGCCAUCAGCCUUCUUUACCGACUCUCAAACUUUGAGGUUGUUGAAAUAUAUACAAGAAAAUAAAUAAAUCAAUUUGACUCAAAUCAAUGUGACUCAAAUUGGGUUUCUUAGAUCCAUUUUUUUAAAAAAGCAAUGUGGAGUAAAGUUGCUUCUGGGCCCUCUCUGGGAUUAGCUGAAGUUUCAUUAGAUUCAUGGUAGAUCUGCCUCUGGCUGAGAGAGACCCAAGCCUGAAGACCUGGAGAAUUGCUGCCAGCCAGCAACAUGUCUGCCUAACCAAGAAGCCAUUUCUGCAACGCUUGUGUCCACACAGGCACAGCAGUCCCGGUCAAAGCUUAUUGUUAUUGGUGUUAUGUACUGAAGUUCUCACCCUGGGCCAGCAGGGGGAUACUGUAGAUAGUUCAGGUCCUCAUAUGCAAAUAAGGGAUCGAAAGUGAUGUUCAGUGAUUGGAUAGUUACAGAAAAUGGAUACUGUUGCAUUCUAGUAGAGCUCUAUAAAUUGUUACAUUUACGUUGUACUGGAGCUCUAUAUAAGCAGGCUGGCUGAACCCUUCAGUUCAGUUCUGUUUUGGCCUGUGAAUAAACAAGAGCUGUUUGAAGAAUCGCUGUGUCGUCUGAUAUGUUCACCCACAACUGAACAAUUACCUUCUGUGGUUUUUUGGUCAUUCUCAGGGACUUCAAGCGCAGUGUACAAACAAUGGAUUCCAGACACCAAUUUUGAAAAUGCCUCCAACUGGGAUAAGGGCCGAACCCCGUGUGGCAACGAUGUCGUCCUUUUUCGGAGCAGCGAGGUACCUGGUUUUGUUUCUUUAAAAAAUACACACACACAUAAAAUUUACUGCGGCAAGUUUUUCUGGCAAUUUGUGAAACCGUGUCCCUGCUUCUUCCAGGUUGUGUCAGUCUACGUCCAGUCAUCCCACUCCUUGACAGACAUGGUAAGUGCACCUGAAAUCAUGGCAUGUAGAAUCGAACGCAGGGCAGGUGGGGCUUGUCUACCUGGGAAAGGAGCCCAUCUAGGAGAAGGAAAACCCUGGUCCAAAACUCCACUGCCUUGCAGGACAUCUUUGGGAGAAGAGAAGGCCAAGGCAUAAGCCCUACACAAAUGCAGAGUGGAGUCCCUAAGACGUUUUGGUGGCUCACUGUAUGCCUUCUUUUGGCAACUGCUGCAGCCAAGCUGGUGCCAAAUGUAAAUAAUAAUAAUAAUAAUAAUAAUAAUAAUAAUAAUAAUAAUAAUAAAUUUUUUAUUUAUACCGCGCCCUUCCCGGUUCAAAAACCGGGCUAACAAAUUUAAAAUACUUAAUUGAUGCAACAAAAAACAGCAUAAAAUACAAUAUAAAACGUAAUUAACAAUAAAUUCAGAAUUCAAAGAUCAAUUUAAGGGGGGAAAUCCAUCCAAUAAACAUUAAAUGAUCACCAGGGCUAGCUGGCUAAAUUAGUCCUAUUUGCGCCAGCGAGGAGACCAGGGGAGAAAUAGCUGUGGGAUCCCAGAGCGGGUAAUCUUCAUAAAAAGGGGAGGGGGAGGGAAGGAAGGGGAAGAAAAGAUCAGGCUAAGUUCAGAUUGAAAGCCAGGUGGAAUAGCUCUGUCUUACAGGCCCUGUGGAAGGAAGUUAAAUCCUGCAGGGCCCUGGUCUCAUGGGACAGAGCAUUCCACCAGGUCGGAGCCAUCACUGAGAAGGCCCUGGCCCUGGUGGAGGAUAAUCUGACUUCCUUAGGGCCCGGCACCUCUAAACUAUGAUUAUUCAUGGACCUUAAGGUCCUCUGCGAGGCAGACCAGGAGAGGCGGUCUUGUAAAUACGAGGGUCCUAAGCCCUGCUUUCCUUUGGACCCAGUCAGAGAGGCCAAGAGGUUUUUUUGUCAACUGGGCAGCCCAGGACCUCCAUGCACACUGCCAGGGAGGUAGGUCACUUCAGUGCUGCUAACACUGAGGUUCUGACUUCACCCCCAGAAGCGCACUCCAUUGUUGGUUGAGCCAGAUGGAUGAAAACAAAUCUCAAACACAGUAAGAAACAGGGUAAAGAGUGGGAUGCAGGGAUUAUCUGAGGGAGGGGUGCAUUAGGAGCUGAGGGGGCAGCAGGGGUCACGAAGAGGGAAGUGGGUAUGAGGAGGGUGCUGGAGGCAGGGCCAUCAACAGCUUAUUUACAAUUGACCAGGCUAGAGCUCAGAGCGAAACACCUUCCUCGUUUCAUAUUUAAAGUUUUGCUGCUUGUAUGUAUUUACCGUUCUGGGUCAUCACCAGUCACAGGAGAAGCAAUUAUUGGCAAUAGCUACUAAUUUUCUUAUAAGUUAGUUACCUGCGAGAGGUGAAGUUUUGUGCAUGUGUGGUAAGUAGUUCUACAUAAAUACUUUAUGUUAUAAAUUUCCUUCAGCCUCAUGUUUUUGUUACUAAGAACGCAUAAACAUAUUUUUCAUGCAACAUUCUUUGCUGAAUUUUAUUGCAUUAUUAUCUUCCUUGGUGGGUCGUGCAAGCCGCUAUCCUGAAUAAUGUUUUUUAUAGGGUGGGGAGCCCUGGGGAUGAGCUUAUGGAACCAAGGGGACGGUGAACUGAAAAAGUUUGAGAACCACUGAGUUAGAUGAACUAGCUUGUUGACUAUGUUGGAGUAGGACUAGGGGUCCAUUUUUCUGUAGAUUCUUAUUUUAUUGUAUUAGCUGCAAGUUUUGCCAUGUUGGGGGUAUUGAAACAACAACAAAAUCAACUUUACAGCCGUUUGUUGGAUGACAUUGAUGUCUAGUUUUAUAAGAAAGGUAUUUUUUAAAAGUAAUUCGCAUUCACCCUUUAAAAACCACCUUGUUGUUGUUUAGUCGUUUAGUCGUGUCCAACUCUUCGUGACCCCAUGGACCAGAGCAUGCCAGGCACUUCUGUCUUCCACUGCCUCCCAUAGUUUGGUCAAACUCAUGCUGGUAGCUUCGAGAACACUGUCCAGCCAUCUCGUCCUCUGCCGUCCCCUUCUCCUUGUGCCCUCCAUCUUUCCCAACAUCAGGGUCUUUUCCAGGGAGUCUUCUCUUCUCAUGAGGUGGCCAAAGUAUUGGAGCCUCAGCUUCACAAUCUGUCCUUCCAGUGAGCACUCAGGACUGAUUUCCUUCAGAAUGGAUAGGUUUGAUCUUCUUGCAGUCCAUGGGAUUCUCAAGAGUCUCCUCCAGCACCAUAAUUCCAAAGCAUCAAUUCUUCGGCGAUCAGCCUUCUUUAUGGUCCAGCUCUCACUUCCAUACAUCACUACUGGGAAAACCAUAGCUUUAACUAUACGGAGCUGCCAUCAAAUAAAUUUAAUUCUGGUCCGGGAGUGAUGUUUUUAUAGCAUUCAUGCACGAAUGUCAGUUUUUAUAAUGUAACAAGAAAGCAGGCUAAAUACUAAAGCACCGGCUUUGAAGCUUUCUACACUCACAUUAAUUUGUUUGCUAAUGGACCCCUUUGUCUCUGAUGCCGGGCUUUGUGGCUCACAGUUUGCACUGUGCUGUAAUGUUGAGCCAUCUACAAAGAUAUACAAUAACUGAAAUGUGGAGAGUUGGGAAAGGCUGUGGCUCAGUGAUAGAACUUCUGCUUUGCAUGUGAAAGGUCCUAGUUUGAUUCCCAACAUCUCCAGGUAGAAUAUUUGUACUCUUAAAAUUUAUAUCCUGCUGUUCUGCCAGUGCAGAACUCAAGGCAGCUCACAGCAUAAAAUAAAACAGAUACAACAACAACAAACCACAAUAUAGAAAACCUCACGAUUAAAUAAAUAACCCUGCUGGAAAUAGCACUGGAAACACUCACUAUUUAAAAGCAUGCACACACACACACACACACACACACACACACACACACACACACCCUCAGAAGACCCUGCUACUACGACAGCCAGUUCAUAGCCAAAGGCCUAUAAGAGUAACUAUUUUGCCUGCCUGUGAAAGGAAAGCGGGGGGGGGGGGGGGCGCUACCCUCUCGUGGAAGGGAGUUCCAAAAUCUAGGAGCAGCCACCAAGAAGACCCCUUCUGGUGUCCUCACCAAACUCGCCGGUGAAGGUGGUGGAACUGAGAAAAAGGCCUCUCCAGAAGAUCUCAAAGCCCAGGCAGGUUCAUUCAAUGAGAUACAGUCCUUUGUUUCUCCUAAACUGCCAUCUCUUUCUCAGACACUCAAACCUUAGCUGGAGAAAGCCAUGGCCCUAUCCAAGCUCUGAUGGGCCUCUCGUUCAAAACACAAGAGAGACUCCCUGCUACCAGGAGACCAUUGCCUAACCAUGAGCUCCCACUGAUAAACAACAACAAACCUCCCAGACUGCUAGCCAGCAGUCCAGCCAAGAAAGAAAGAAGGCCACCCAUCAGCCAUAACAUUAUAGCUGCCCUCCCUUGUCUUUCUUUUCAGUCUAUGAUAUCUCUGCAGGAGCCCAAAGCAUCCAGUUGCAACGAUGCAACUAGGGUUGUCAUAUCCGGAAUACUGCAGUUGGCAGCAGUGUCCAGGCAGAAAUCAGGACAAUGUCCAGGAAAAUACAGGCGUAUGGCAGCCCAUGUCGGCAGUGCUGGUUUUGCUGCUUUUCCAUAAAAAAAAAGCUCAAAAACAGCAUUUGCCCAAAAAGCUCACCAGCUUUUCUGUCCAGAUUUUCCUUGUUUGAAAUAUGGCAACCCUGGAUGCCACUGACUGAGCAGAGCCUGUUUUCGGGCAUGUUCUGGAGGGAACAAUUCCACAUUUGUGAAUCGCUACGUGACUGAGUGGUUUUCUCCUACUUUCUUCUGUAUUUUGUUGCUUCAUCCAGGCGCCCGAGCAAGAGAGCGUCUCGCAAGGAUGGGGCUAUACUCUGAGAUGCCGUUUCCCAUCCAAGAAUAUCAUUUUUGACUCCCAUGCUCAGCCGUUCUCGGAGCACUUAAAUAGCCAAGUGAGCACACAGAGAUGAAGCAAAACUACUUUGCAGCAAGUAGCCCUUUGUUGCUGCUGUAAACAACGAUUGUGUCAAAAUAUACGCCUUUUAAUUCUCCCCGCCCUUCUGCUUCCAACAGCGCUUGUUCUGGGAAAUGGCAACUGAGGUUGCUACGGUGAUUUGAUUUUUCUCAGCCACUGACUUACCAGCCAUUAUCUAGCUGAAUUCGGGAGAGUUUGUAUUCUGCAGUGGCACAGGACAAAAUGAAAGGGCUGUCUUGCCCAUGCAGGAUUCUUCCCACCUGCCCUGGAUGUCGGCCCAGCUCUAGGUCCUACCUCCAUUGCAAGAGCAGUUGGUGGGGACGCAUGACAGGGUCUUGUCAGCUGCUGCACCCAGGCUGUCGUCCUUUCCACCCUGGGAGACCCAGUUGGCGGGUCAUCCCAGCUUCUGAUUUGAUCCCAGAAUUUUCCUGUUUCCCCCGCCAGUGCUACUGCUGCUGAGCUUAGGGGGAGGAUGUUUAUCCUGAGUGGCAUUGGGUUACCUCUCCACAACUGCUGCUCCCAGCCUUCUCCUCUGGGCAUCUUGUAGUGGCUACUGGAGAGUAGGCAAGGAGGAGGAGAUGCUGUACCUGCUGAAACCCAGCCUUGAGUGAGGUGCCGGCUCUGAGGUGCAGGCAGAGGGCUGCCCUGGGCAGGAAGAAAGGGGAAAUGGAACAGAGCACAAGGGGCCUUAUUUUUUUUUAAUGCUUUGUGCAUCCACGUCUAAUCUUGCCCCUUUCUCAGAUUUAUUUAUUGGUGUGUGGCUUUGUCAGAGACUGGUCUGAGGGGGACUGGACUGAGGAGGGAUGGUGGAGACUGACCCACCCUCCUCUUGAACCUUCCAGAGAAGAGGAAGACAAUAUUGAUUUGCAGCAGUGGUUAGAGGAAGGUCACAGCCCAGAGACAGGUGAACAGAAGAGUUGGGAGGUGAUGGGAGAAGAGGAGGGGGAGACAGAGACAGAGAGCAGCCAGCUGACACGUUGUCACAGGAAAGCAUUCCCAAUUCCCCUUCUCCCAGAACCCGGCAUGCAUUGAAAGUGCAAGAGCAAAGAACUCAGAGACAAAUAGCCCCUGGUGGCCGGGGGGAAAGUGUUGUUGCUAGGAAGGGAGGGGUUCAGUAGGAGCAACGCCAUUAUCCGAUCAGCUGCCUUUCUGUCUCUCUGUGUGAAUCUUGAACAAAUACAUUGGCAAGAACGUCUUGUUUUUCCCAUUUCUGGCAUCCAGCCACGAGGGAGGGGGAUUUCCUUGAAGUCUGACAGUACUGUAAGUCUACCAAAGAAUAAAAUAAAAUAAAAUCAGGCUUAAGAGGAUUUCUCAGGACAGUGGAGGGCAUGUGUGCCGUGUCCCAUUGGUACUGUGGUAGUGACAAACAUAUUCUGAUUGGAAAUGCUCUGCUGAGGGGGGGACGGACAAAAAAAUGGAGGGCCGAGGAGGGUCAGUCGGUGGGGAGUAAAUAAUGUCCCUUCCGCCUGCCCUCAGCCAGUCUGCCCCGCACUUGCUUGCCUAUCGAUGGCUACAAGCCUUGUGGAGCCAGCGUGGUGUAGUGGUUAAGAGCGGUGGACUCGUAAUCUGGUGAACCAGGUUCGCUUCCCCGCUCCUCCACAUGCAGCUGCUGGGUGACCUUGGGCUAGUCACACUUCUCUGAAGUCUCUCAGCCCCACUCACCUCACAGAGUGUUUGUUGUGAGGGAGGAAGGGAAAGGAGAAUGUCAGCCGCUUUGAGACUCCUUAGAGUAGUGAUAAAGCGGGAUAUCAAAUCCAAACUCUUCUUCUUGAUGGCUAUGCCCGGCCUCUGUAGCUGGAGGCAGCCUUGCUUUUGAAUAUUUGCUUGUGGGUUACCCACUGGCAUCUGCCUGGUCGCUGUGAGAACAGGAGACUGGACUGGAUGGGCCAUCGGUCUGGCCCAGCAGGAUUGGCUGUCGAUGUUUGGAAGUUCUAAGGAUCCAUUGUGUGGUAUAUGAUGAGCUCCUUCCUAGUGUCUGCCACAAAUCUGCUCCAAAAUACCUCUUUGCAUCUUCCAGCAGAGCCUUGCGCAAGUUGAAAAUGAUUUCUCUUUCUGGGAAGGCGGGCUGCUCAGUCUCUUUCUUGGAAGUCUGGGUCACACCUAAAUCACCGCCUCCCUAAUUUAUUACAUAUACCUUUUCUCCAAGGCGUUCGGUGUACUAAACUUAGCCCCUUCCAUGCCAUCGGCUGGAUAGCUCAGCUGGUUAGGGUGUGGUGCUGGUAACACCAAGGCUGCAGGUUCGAUCCCCGUAAGGGAUCAGUUGAUCCUCAGGGUCCCUUCCAACUCUAUGAUCCACACUUUUUCCUCGCAACAACCCUGUAGGCUAGGCUGACUGGCCCAAGUUCACCUAGUGUGCUUAACGGCUGAGUGGGGAUCAGAAUCCUGCUCCCCCCUAGUCUAUCAAAUACUCUAACCAUUAGUGCAUGCUCCCCUUUGUUUUUCUCCCCUUUCCUAAUGUCCACUGACAGGAAGCAGACAGAACUAAGCCGAAAUAAUACAGGAAAAUUGUGUGGGGGAAGAGGGUCACUUGGCUUUUAGUCAUUAUGGGGUGUGUGUGUGUGGUUUUGCCUCUUGCACUGUUAGGAGUGGGUGGGUUGUAAGAAGGUUUGUGUGCAAGUGCCUCUGUUCAAAUAGCCACUAUAAUUUUAUGUGCCAUAAUUUAUCCAAGCUGCUUAAACUGCUAAUUACUUGGAUGUUUUAAUAAGACAGCAUGCUGUGUUUAACUGGUCUAUAAACACCCACAUGAGGAAUUUUGUAUCUCCCUGUGUAUGCACUAAAAAAAAAAAAAAAGCAUGUGGAAUGUUAGCAGACAGGAAAUGGACAGGUGGAAUAUUUGGAAAUAUGGGCCUUAUUAUAACGUUAAAGCUGAACAGUUCCAAUUCCCGCAGAAGGUUUAUGGCUUAAUGGUUUGUGGUUAUUUCUGGCAAAGCACUUCCCAUUCAAAAAGAACUGCUAAGUAUCUGAUUAGGAAAGUGUUGGAAAUAUAGACAGCUGCCUUAUGCAGAAUCAGACCAGUGCUCUGUUUAGCUCAGUACAGUGGACCCUUGAUUUGCGAAUGCGGCAAACCCAGAAGUGGGUUUGCCGUUCAUGCAUGCGCAGAAGCGCUCUGCGGCUCUGCGCACGUGCGCAGAAGUGGUCCUCCGGUUACGAAAUCUUUGGGAUACGGCCAGGCCUCUGAAACGGAUCCUGUUCGUAACCGGAGGUACCACUGUAUUGUCAACACUGACUGGCAGCCGCUGUUCAGGGUUUUAGGUAUGGAACCAAAUAACCCAGCCUGAAGCCCUGGAGAGCCACUGCCAGCCUGUGUAGGCAAUAUUGAGAGAGAUGGAGCAAUAGUCUCACUCAGUGUGUCGUGUGUCCUCCAGUGAAUCUUAACAGUUUGGAGAAUCGGGUCCAAACAGAUGCAAUUCAGUAGAGACAAAUGUAAGGUUCUACGCUUUAUAUGUCCAGCUGUCCUUUGUCAACAACCAAUUGUCGCUGUUUUUUGUGUUCAAUAUAUGCUACAUGGUAAUUUGCAACCAGUCCAUGCAGAACGUAGGCACCCUAUAUAUAGAAGUGAGCAAACCAGUGAUAUUUUAGGGAGCAGGCUAGCGGGCGGGGCCCAUGACUUACAUCAUAGGCGCCUACACAACACAAAACCCUGUUGCUGUAUGUAGGUUUUAUUUUAUUUGUUUUUUAUCUUAUACUUUGGAAAUGUACAUCCAGGUUUUUUCCUUUAAUUUUUUUGGGGGGCCCCAAGAGAGUGGGGCCCUAAGCUAUAGCUUGUUUAGCUUAUACAUAAAUCCGGCACUGACUCAAAUGCUCACAAGGGUUCCAGAAGGGUUUUUUCUCCCUGAUGGAAUGGGUGAGCUCAUUCAGACAACCUGAUUAUUCAACGUUCAUACUGAAUUGCUUGUGCAACACUUAUGUAGAGAUUAGAAAACCUCCAGCCUUUAUUGGACAUCUGUUCUAAUCUGCUUGCUGGAGGGUUAUACGACAAUGAGCAUUCACCCUGAUUGCAUCCUGAUUUGCUUUCACAGUGGAUGUGCAUUUUCCUCUUAACUGGUCAUCCCAUAUGUUGUAGUGCAAUUCCCCAUGAUUUCCAUAACCUCAGAAAGUCCUUUAAAAGAAAAAGAAAAAAAAGAUGAUUUGUUGUGCCAGAAUGUACAAACCUAAAUUUCCAGUAUCAGUUCUCAACCUGGGAUUCUGGCACUUAGAGUUCCAUUUCUAGAAGGGAAAGAUGAUCUCGUGGGACGUAGGCAGUGCCCACUGCCAGCACCUGCUCCAAGAUAAGCUUUUAGGCCUUGGUAUGGCGACAACAGGACACGGGUGGCGCUGUGGGUUAAACCACAGAGACUAGGGCUUGCCGAUCAGAAGGUCGGCGGUUCAAAUCCCGCAACGGGGUGAGCUCCCGUUACUUGGUCCCUGCUCCUGCCAAUUUAGCAGUUCGAAAGCAUGUCAAAGUGCAAGUAGAUAAAUAGGUACCGCUCCGGCGGGAAGGUAAACGGCGUUUCCGUGCGCUGCUCUGCUUCGCCAGAAGCGGCUUAGUCAUGCUGGCCACAUGACCCGGAAGCUGUAUGCCGGCUCCCUCGGCCAAUAAAGCGAGAUGAGCGCCGCAACCCCAGAGUCGCUCACGACUGGACCUAAUGGUCAGGGGUCCCUUUACCUUACUAUGGCGACAGCAGAGGGUGCUUGCCCUUUGAUCUUUCUGUGAGCAUUUGAAUCGAAUGCACAUUCAUGCCUUUGUGAGCAUUUGAUUGGAAUUCUUGCUAGUACUCUGCAACUAUGGAGCAAGCAGCAGAAUGCUUAUUCACCCUCAUGUCUGGGUAAGUGUGGCUUGGAUUGCAGCCUUAAUCAGGCCUCAUUAAAAAUAAUAAUAAUACUAUUUUGAAUUAUAAGUGCUUUGUAUUUUAUCUUUAAACCAUGCUGAGAGCAAGCGCCAUCUGAAAAUGUCCCCCCUUCCCUUUCCCACUGCACAGACUGCCUCUCCUAAGGUGAUCCUAACUGCAGCUCAUGCAAACCUUGUCUAAAAGCAAAUAAUCCUUUUUCCCCUUCCGAACUACUGUUUUUAUGCUCGCAUGCAAAUUGAUGCAGACAUAAUAGAUAGAAUAAUUGGCUAAGGCUCAUUCAAUUAAAGACUUCUUUAACCGAUUGCUUUUAUCAGACUUAGGAGAAGGAAACAUGGACCAUGAUAAUGGGAGUGUUUCGUGUUUUUGCAUCGAAGUCUCUAUUUAGGGAUCGUUAACUGGUCUCAGCUCCCCCCCCCCCUCACUUCUGCUUACACUGGCUGCAAAAGCAGAUUUCAUAAAGCUUGAUGCCAUGAGAAGCACAGCCAUCAGGGCACACCUCUGGGGCAGAUGGCAGGCAGGAGCCCUAUCUGGAGAUGCCACAAGAAGAGGCUAGUGACCAGGGGUCAGCAAACCUUUUCAGCAGGGGGCCGGUCCACUGUCCCUCAGACCAUGUGGGGGACCGGAUUAUAUUUUGAAAAAAAUAUAUGAAUGAAUUCCUAUGCCCCACAAAUAACCCAAAGAUGCAUUUUAAAUAAAAGGACACAUUCUACUGAUGUAAAAACACGCUGAUUCUCGGACCGUCCAUGGGCCAGAUUUAGAAGGCGAUUGGGCUGCAUCCGGCCCCCGGGCCUUAGUUUGCCUACCCAUUGCCUACCCAUAAGGGCAAAUACAGGUGAAACUCGGAAAAUUAUUUCAGUAAUUCAACUUAAAAGGUGAAACUAAUAUAUGAGAUAGACUCAUGACAUGUAAAGCGAGCUAUGUCAAGCCUUUAUUUGUUAUAAUUGUGAUGAUCAUGGCGUACAGCUGAUGAAAACCCCAAAUGAACAAUCUCAGAAAAUUAGAAUAUUAAAUGAAAUCAGCAAAACAAGGACUGCAAAUAGAGCGAUACUGGACCUCUGAGAAGUAGAAGCAUGCACAUGUACUCAGUACUUGGUUUGGGCCCCUUUUCAUCAAUUACUGCCUCAAUGCGGUGUGGCAUGGAUGCUAUCAGCCUGUGGCACUGCUGAGGUGUUAUGGAAGACCAGGAAGCUUCAGUAGUAGCCUUCAGCUCUUCUGCAUUGCUCGGUCUCAUGUCUCUCAUCUUUCUCUUGGCAAUGCCCCAUAGAUUCUCUAUGGGGUUCAGGUCAGGUGAGUUUGCUGGCCAAUCAAGCACAGUAAUCCCGUGGGCAUUGAACCAGGUUUUGGUAUUUUGGCAGUGUGGGCAGGUGCCAAAGUCCUGCUGGAAAAUGAAGUCAGCAUCCCCAUAAAGCUUGUCUGUAGAAGGAAGCAUGAAGUGCUCCAAAAUCUCCUAGUAGACAGCUGCGUUGAUCUUGGACUUAAUGAAGCACAGUGGACCAACACCAGCUGAUGACAUGGCUCCCCAAAUCUCUUUUCUGAUGAGAGCAGCUUUUGUAUCUCAUUUGGAAACCAAGGACCCAGAGUCUGGAGGAAGAAUGGGGAGGCACACAAUGCCAGAUGCUUGAAGUCCAGUGUGAAGUUUCCACAGUCUGUGUUGAUUUGGAGCACUUCAUGCUGCUAUUGAAGCAUCCUGAGUACAUAUGCAUGCUUCUACUUCUCAGAGGUCCAAUAUUGCUCUAUUUGCAAUCCUUGUUUUGCUGAUUUCAUUUAAUAUUCUGAUUUUCUGAGAUUGUUAAUUUGGGUGCUGUAUGGUGCUGUUCCCAUCAGCCUCUGUUUACUCUCAGGUAGCCCCCACCUGCCUACCUUCUUACCUGAACGCAGUCCAGAGGGCGGCACCACCUGUCUGCUUCCUUUUCCUUCGCCUCGGUGUUCUCCUUGUUUAACUCAGCAGAGAAGAGACUGGGGAUGAAACGAGAAUUAGCUGGAUCUGCUGCAACUGCUUCCACCUCUUCCCACUCCAAUAGAAACUGGCCAGUUCUGCAUUAAAUUUGGGAGCUUCUGCAUGGAAAACUCUGCCACUGAGCUGCAAAGUCAAGGGCCACGCUGAGCUGCAAAGUCGAGGGCCUUUGCCAAAGUCAAGGGCCACUCUGCAGAACAAACAGGAGUGCCCCCAAAUUGAGCAGGGCUAGCUAACAAACCUUGUAAAAUAAUCCAUGCGGGUCGUCUAAACAGUCUCCUCACCCCGCCCCCAAAAGCUGAUUAAAUCCAGAGUCUAAAACUACCUCAAUGCACUGUCGCUGCCAUGAGGCACUAGGUUUAAACUAACCAUUGAUUCAAUUUAAGAGUGAUAUUAUAAGCUGGAAGAUGAUCUGGAAACCAAAUCUUAUGAGGUGCGAUUGAGGGAGCUGGAGUAUGUUUAGCCUGGAGAAGAAAAGACUGAGAGAAGAUAUUUCCAAAACCAGUGCUGGAUUUACGUACAAGCAAUCUUGGGGGCCCCAAAAAAAUUUAAAGGAAAAACAACAACCUGGAUGUACAUUUCCAAAAUAUAAGAUAAAAAACAAAUAAAAUAAAACCUACAUACAGCAACAGUGUUUUGUGUUGUGUAGGCUCCUGUUUGUUAUGUGCAAAUGGCUUUAGAUACCUGUUAGGUCCAUAAAUUACCAUAUAGCAUAUAUUCAACACAAUAAAACAGUGACAAUUGGUUGUUGACAAGGGACAGCUGGACAUAUAAAGGGCUCCAUUACCUUCAGUAGCUUAGGGCCUCAUCAAACCUAGAGCCAGUAUGUAGUGGUUAAGAGCGAUAGUCUCGUAAUCUUGUGAACUGGGUUCGCGUCUCCGCUCCUCCACAUGCAGCUGCUGGGUGACCUUGGGCCAGUCACACUUCUCUGAAGUCUCUCAUCCCCACUCACCUCACAGAGUGUUUGUUGUGGGGGAGGAAGGGAAAGGAGAUUGUUAGCAGCUUGGAGACUCCUUCAGGUAGUGAUAAAGCGGGAUAUCAAAUCCAGACUCCUCCUCCUCCUCUUCUUUUUCUUCUUCUAAAUCUGGCCCUGUCCAAAGGGCUGUCACAUUAAGAUGGAGCAAGCUUGUUUUCUGCUGCUAAAGGGGUAGGACCUGAACCGAUGGAUUCAAAUUGCAAGACAAGAGAUUCCAAAGUAAACAUUAGGAGGAACUUUCUUAUGGCAAGAGCUGUUCAGCAGUGGAAUGAGCUCCCUCAGAAGGCAGUGGACUGUCUUGUCAUGGGAGGUUUUUGAAUGGAAGUUGGGUGGUCGUCUGUCAGGGGUUCUUUAGUUGUUAUUCCCCAAUGGCCGGGGGUUGGACUAGAUGACUCUUGUGGCCCCUCCCAACCCUACAAGUCUUUGUUUCUAUGAUUCAAAAAUCCUGGUCCCCAAUGUGGCCAGGGGCAGCUCCUGAUAUCAUAGACUCAUAGAGUAGAAUUUGUAGACUUGGAAGUGACUCCAAGGGUCAAAAAUACAAUUUUUAAAAAAUCAAAUGUGGACAUUUGUAUUCCAAUGCCUCCAUGCAUAUGAUUUUGUUAAAAGGCGGCUUGGAUGAAGCCCACAAGAAUGUGUGUUGCGUGACUUUUCCCGUGGUAUUUCCCCCCUCUCAUUUGCUCAUCUGUCAUGGGUACUUUAGCUGAGAUUCCAGCAUCACAGUGGGUUGGGACUAGAUCGGUGUUUUGCACCCUUGGGAUCUCUGGCUGUUUUCGGACUACAACUCCCAUCAUCCCUAGCUAUCAAGACCAGUGAUUGUUGGGGAUGAUGGGAAUUGUAGUCCGGAGACCCAGGGUUGGGAGCUGGAGACCCAGGGUUGGGAAACAAUGGACCAGGUUACCCUUCCAACUUUACGAUUCCAGGGUUUUGUACUUGGCCUUAUGCCAAAUUCCUAUAACAAGAGACCAAGGCAACUUCACCAGGUUAUUUAGUUGCUGUCAGGCGAAGUGUGCUGGGCCCGGGGGUAACCCAAGCAGCACCAUCCAGGUCCAGUCCCGAAUCCAAGGGUUCUGCGAGGAGUCAGUCCGACAGGGCCAAGGCAGGACACAAGGCAGGGUCAGGCACAGGGUCUCAGGCAGGUUCUAGCAAUGUUGCUCCCACAACCUGGGGUGGGGUCCGACAGGCUUUUAUCUCUGUCGGGCUAACGCCUGGUCCUGAUCCCCCGGUGACUCACCUCCCUGUCUCGUCCGAAGGCGAGCACUCCUCCUACGAUUACUCAGGUCUCUCCAUCUCUCAGACCUUAGUCUCUGCAGCUUGGGAGAUGUCAGUGGGUUACUAGACCCAGAGGCUGCCUCAGCCUCUCCUGACCCAAUUGGUAGUGGAGCAGCUGUAAGUGAUUGCCCAGCUGGAGGCAACAAGGUAAUCCCUGCAUCUGGAGCCAGGGCAGGCUCAGGCCCCUGACUCGGCCCUGCUGGUGCUUGUUGCAGAGGAACCUGUGCAGACUGGGGCUCUUCAGAAUCAGGCCCCAGACUUGGUUCAGAUGCCGCCUGAGGCAAAGGAUUCGGUGCGGACUGAGACUCCUCUGGUUCCAAGUCCGAGCCCGAGUCCCAGGCCAUCACACGAAGGGAACAGAGACCUGCAUUUAUCGCACUAGAAUCCUCCAAACCAGAAAUCUUUCAAGGGUAUAGUCAGAUUUUGGGAGGAGGGGAGAGAAUCAGGGCUCUGUUUUGAAGUCUCCUCAGUGCCGAGUCUCCCUCGUGCUCCUUUUAAAAAUCUCGGCAUGUUCGCGCAACGCACAUAAUUCCGUACGCCUCCCACACUUUCCUGUAUUAAUCUCGCUCCCGUUUUAACAGUGGCCCAUAAACCAGCUGCAAGUGGAAAUCUAAUAGGAACCGUGAUGGAGGAACAGGCGGCCAGAACUUGCUUCCCAGCUGACUGGUUCACCCCUCACAUUUUCAAGGAGGGGGCCUGGCAUUAAACAUUUAAACGGCCCUGGUAAUUCUGUCCUCUCCUGCAGGGCUUCCUUUUAGAGCUUAAAUCCUGUGAGGAUUCCAAGUACCUACAGCUCCCCAAUCGAACCUAAUUUCUGAAACAGGCACAGAGGAGACAAUGAGAGCAGCAUUAGCCACCCCCAACCCAUUUAUUUUUUUAAGUGUUAAAGGAAUAGGGCAGGCCAGGAGCAGGGGAGAGCGAAAGAAGCCAUUCUUGAAAACCCACACUUCUCUGAAUUUUGCAAUGCAAGUUCUCCAGCUCAAGUAAUGCGUACAAAAAUGCAUGUGCUAGGAUAAGGUCUGCAUUUUUUUAAAAAAAGGUAUAUAUUCUUGAAAAUAGCAUACAAACACUGCAUUAUAUUAGAGAGCAUUGCUUUGCAAAAAAAGGGGAGAGGUGUAUAUUAAGCCAAAUUGCAUACAAAAACAUGUAUACGUAUGAGCAGAAAUCCGGAAAGAAAUGCAAAUGCAGGGAUUCCAAACUGUGGUCCGUGAGCUUCAUCCAGGUGGUUUGCAGCAUGUCUGUAAGAAUAAGCUUAAAAAUCGUCCGGCAUCCAGCACAUUACAAUUGCUACGACAGGCAGAAAAAUUAUGAAGUUGGUUGCAAAGAGCCUCAACAAUUUCCAAGGGGCAGACGGGCAGGGGAGUUUGGGAACGACUGUGCAAACAAAUUUUCAUGAGGAUUUCUUUUAAAAAUAAAAAAACCCACAACCUGCUGUGGAAAUGUGGAUAAUUGAAUUUAAGACUGGAAAAACGAGGACCCGAGAGAAACCAUGAUUGGCAGAUUCAACCACCCUAAGAUAGGCUCACCAUAUAUAUUUGUUAGCAGAUUACAAAGCAAAGCUAGAGUCUGACUUUUGUUUCUUUAGAGCCACAAUAGGCAAACUUCAGGCUGGUGGGAUCUUUUGGGGGUUUUUUCUAGUGGUCUGACUCAGUGUAAGGAGGCUUCCUAAUAGUGAUGCAAUAGAUGCUGCCCUCAGAUUCCCAUACAUGAACCUUGCACUCCUCAACACGUUUGUUACAUUCACAGUUUGCCAUUUCUGGUGCACAGCCUUUAAGUGCACACCAAGGGAAGGUGGCGUGCGAAUCAGCCGCACACGAAACCCAGUGGACUUAGACUGCAUGUGUGAAGCUGCCUCAGCCGACCUGUGACAAACAAGAGGUCGCAGCCUGGUGCCACAGGGCUUGGCAGCCUUCGUGGAUCUAAGCCCCGCCCCGAGGCUGCGAUUUCAAAGAGGCUCUUUGGGUGCCCACAACGGCUUCGUUUCAAUCUCGUGCAGAAGUUGCUUAAGCAGGGGCAAAAGCCAAUUCCAUAGAACAAGCACCAUAUGGCUGCUGAAUGGGGGCAUUAUGGAAGAGAAAGCUGUGCAGAUGUAACUACAAGGAGGGGCCCCCUUUGCAGCGACUGCCAAUAUAUGGGGGUCGCUUCCGCCUUUGUGCGGCAGAUGGGGAGGUGAGAGGCAGUCGUGGCGAGCAACACACAAUUCCCUGCUCUUGUUCCGCAUUCUCGGGGCUUUGCUUUUGUAGAUCACGAACGCCGCAUUGACAAAUCACGUCCCCCUCUUCCAUUAUAAAUAAAGGGCAAGCGUACGUGUGGCUCCAGCUCAGGCCUCUGAAGAAAGAGUUGCUGACAGCUGCUCGUCUGGCAUUUCUUCGUCUAACCCUCAGGAUCAAGAUAUGGCCAGAGAAGGAAAACAAAGGAGCAAAUAAAGAGGGCUGAAUUGUUGGCACCUGACCGAAAACAUAGUCUCUCUCUCCGGCAGCUCUUUCAACCAUUCCACCCCAAACCAGAGACCCAAGGCCUCUGAGUAGCAUCUUCAGGGAACGGUCCAUAGCACACUGCAUCCUUGCUAUUUAGGCAGGCAAGGAGGAGGAAAGCAAACAGAAGAGAUGGCUGCUGGGGAAGAGGCAGAAGGUGACAACGUCUAACAAGAGUUUGGGGUCCCGGCGGUUUAUUCUUAGCCUCCUAAUUGGUAUGGGAAGAAUGUACCAAACUUCGCUUCAGCAUCCUUCAGCUAGCAGGAAGGUUGAUCUUGAAAUGCCAACUGCUCUCCAGAGAGGCAGCUCCUACCCAGCUGAAAUGUUCCACUGAAGUCUUAAGGGCCUCAAAUGUUUUCAGCCUUCCCCUUUCCUCUAAAAUAGCGGGGAUACUGGUUAAAAAGAAGCAGAGAUCUGAAAGGGAUUAUGACAAUUCACAUUAAGCUGAUGAAUCAAAACUCAGGCAGAGGCUAUUACUGGUGGGGGGGUGGGGGGGUCAGGGAUGGGGAAGGAAUUUGAUGCUGUUUCCCUUUGAAAGCAAACCUGACUAUCUCUCAUUUUCUGAAACCUGAAGCGAAUUGAAACACAGGUAUGCCUCAAAAUUCACACUUUUGCAUUCCCAUUUCUCGAGGCAAGUAACGUGUACAAAACAAUUAUUUCUUCCAAUUAACAAGUUGUAUUGAUUGCAAUAAAUCCUAUACAUGGUGUAUAAAAAUACAUAUACGAGGGUAAAAUGCACAUUCGAAAUAUACAUAUUAGUGAAAAUAGCAUAAAAAUGCUUUGUAUAAGGAGAAAUUGCUUUUCAAAAAUGUGUUUUAGGGAACACUGCAUGUGUACUGGGAGGAGUUUGCACUGAAGUGCUGUUGGAUUUUCGUGAGGACUAUUUUAAUUUUAUUUUUUAAAAAGUCCCUCACAAACUGAUGCAGAAAUGUGGAGCCCUGAACUGACAGUCACCCAUCCUUACCUGGAAGUGAAACUUUAAUCAGUGACUCCGCCAGAGAGCUGCUGAAAUCUGCCUUGACUUUUCCCAUGACAUGUCCUAGGAAAUAAUCUAGGUUGUGAAUAUUUCCUGUCAAACAUCCCCUCUCCUAGCUUCUUCCUCUGGGGACAUGUACAGACCCACUCUUAUCUCAAAGGGUGAAUUGACACUACAAACUUCCAUUAGUUUCAUAUCACUUGAACUGAUGCAGUUUCUGUCCGAGGGACCUGGGCAACUAGUUUGUUGUUGUUGGCAUCCCUGCCUCUGGGGGAGAAAUCCAACUGAAGUGUGCAAGCCUGGGCAGUGUGUGUGGAGGUCCUGGGCUGUCUCUGAGGCUUGCUGAUGUGGUACAAAGGAAAGGAAAGCAAUACAACAGCGUGGUUGCAGGAGUUGCCAGAAGGAGGUCUAAACCACUGAGCCUCUUGGGCUUGCCGAUCAGAAGGUUAGCGGUUCAAAUCCCUGCAAAGGAGUGAGCUCCCGUUGCUUGGUCCCAGCUCCUGCCAACCUAGCAGUUUGAAAGCACGCCAGUGCAAGUAGAUAAAUAGGUACCGCUGCAGUGGGAAAGUAAACAGCGUUUCUGUGCCCUCUGGCUUCCAUCAUGGUGUCCUGUUGCACCAGAAGUGGUUUAGUCAUGCUGGCCACAUGACCCAGAAAGCUGUCUGUGGACAAACGCUGGCUCCCUUGACCUGAAAGUGGAGAUGAACGCCGCAUCCCAUAGUUGCCUUUGACUGGACUUAACCGUCCAGGGGUCCUUUGCCUUUUACCUACCUACAAGGCGCCAUCCAACCAUCUUAGAGACUCCACUCCGGAUUUGUGUAGGGUUUUUACUCCUUAGCCUUUUCUUCUCCCAAAGAUAUCCCACAAGGCGGUAGUGGUUUAGGAUCAGAGUUUUCUUUCUCUUAGAUGGGGUAACUUCUGAGGUCAACAAGCCCCACCUGCCCCUCACUUCCCUCUACAGCACGUGCAGAAUAUAAUAAUAAUAAUAAUAAUAAUAAUAAUAAUAAUAAUAAUUUAUUAUUUAUACCCCGCCCAUCUGGCUGGGUUUCCCCAGCCACUCUGGGAGGCUUCCAACAGAAUAUUAAAAUACAAUAAUCUAUUAAACAUUAAAAGCUUCCCUAAAGAGGGCUGCCUUCAGAUGUCUUCUAAAAGUCUGGUAGUUGUUUUUCUCUUUGACAUCUGGUGGGAGGGCGUUCCACAGGGUGGGUGCCAUCACCAAGAAGGCCCUCUGCCUGGUUCCCUGUAACUUGGUUUCUCACAGCGAGGGAACUGCCAGAAGGCCCUCGGCGCUGGACCUCAGUGUCCGGGCAGAACAAUGGGGGUGGAGACGCUCCUUCAGGUAUACUGGGCCGAGGCAAGUAUAACUGCCUUCUAAACUGUUGGGCCUGCUGUUGGUCUUGUCUGCUCAAUCCUCAGAGUCUGUCUUCACAUGGAGGGGAAAUCACUGAGGGUUUGAGACCCAUCGGCUACCCUCACCUGGUUUAGCUGGCCAGUCAAACCAGUCCCAGGGUGUGGCCGCUGUCACAUGCUGACAGCUUCUAGGAGCCACAGGUGAGAGCUAAAUGCGUGCUGGGGACCAAAGGUGGAGAAGCUACCCCGGAAGGAGCACAAUGUGUCCCCCUAACGGAGUCCUACCUCCCCUAACACACCAAACUUUAUUUUCUGAUAUUUAGUGCCCCACUGAGUCACUUGGAAGGACCCUCUCCGUGUUUUACAAAUGCAAUGAGAUAUGUAAAAGCCCUGUUAAACAGCUAUAGUUCACAAGGUCCUCUUGGAAGAAGGAGAUAUUAUUCAAGGAAUCCAAAGUCCUCAGAUGUUUUGGGCCACGACUCCCAUCAGUUCUACUCCCAUACAAUAGAAAUGCAGCGCAUUUUGGCACAGUGGAAAAGGCCAUGACCAGGUGGUCCCUCACCUGCCCAGGUGCUAAUUGCUGGUGAGUCACUUCAAGGCCCAUCUGCUCUCAAAGGUUCUUGACCUUUCAAGAGGUCUUGGGCCAGGCAGCCCAUCAACUAAAAUGGUCAAAGGCCUGGAAACGAUGCCUUAUGAGGAACGGCUAAGGGAGCUGGGCAUGUUUAGCCUGGAGAAGAGGAGGUUAAGGGGUGAUAUGAUAGCCAUGUUCAAAUAUAUAAAAGGAUGUCACAUGGAGGAGGGAGAAAGGUUGUUUUCUGCUGCUCCAGAGAAGCGGACAUGGAGCAGUGGAUCCAAACUACAAGAAAGAAGAUUCCACCUAAACAUUAGGAAGAACUUCCUGACAGUAAGAGCUGUUUGACAGUGGAAUUUGCUGCCAAGGAGUGUGGUGGAGUCUCCUUCUUUGGAGGUCUUUAAGCAGAGGCUUGACAACCAUAUGUCAGGAGUGCUCUGAUGGUGUUUCCUGCUUGGCAGGGGGUUGGACUCGAUGGCCCUUGUGGUCUCUUCCAACUCUAUGAUUCUAUGAUUCUAUGAACUAGAGAAUGGUCCUCUGUAAAGUAGGACACAUCCCUCCCCCAGCAGUUCAUCUGCCCAUGUUGUCUCACCCUCCCAUCAUGUGCAGUGACACCAGAGAUCACAUCAGAGAUAAACAGUGCUGCUUUUGUUGCUUUGUAAAGGACGAUUUCAAAACCGUACUGCCAGCUGCUUAGCAAAGGCAGUGGUGUGCUGGUGUGUAUGAAAGGAGGAGGGUAUAUGGGGUUUUUUCUUUUUUCUUUUUUCUUUUUCAUUUGCUUCUGAGCAGCAGAAAAUUUGGGCAUAUAAAUAUAGGGUAUUUCUGCUCCAAACCCUUCCUUCCUGAGUUUGAUCAAUACAUCAUUUAGCAGCAGUGCUCCCAGCAAAAUGAACAUCAAUUCCACGAUUGGCAGCGGCCCAGUGUCGAGAAGAUUGCUCCAUCAGGUUGCGUAAGAGUAAAUGACAGCCAAAAACUGGCUUGGGCUGCCUAAUGGUCUAUAUUUUCAGAUGUGCUUUUUUUUGUGGCGCUGCAAAGAAGAAGAAAAAUUCAGAGGCUUUCAAAGAGAGGCCAAGCCAGGCCAAGCCAAAUGAAGAGAUUUUCAAAAGAGAGGGGGGAAAUUUCCUUUCAGAGAUGAGAGUGGAGCCAGAGUCCCCCUCCACAAGACCCCAACUGUCACCAUAGCAAAGCACAACUGGUGCACACAAGGCCUUCAGGUUUUGUUGGAUAAAUUUUAUGAAAUGUAAGAGUGUAAGAUGGAUCUAGCCCAACAUCCUGUUCUCAAAGUGGCCAACCAAUGCAUCAGUGAGAAGCCCACAAGCAGGUUUGUUGCUGUCGUUUAGUCGUGUCCGACUCUUCGUGACCCCAUGGACCAGAGCACGACAGGCACUCCUGUCUUCCACUGCCUCCCGCAGUUUGGUCAGACUCAUGUUUGUAGCUUCGAGAACACUGUCCAACAAUCUCGUCCUCUGUCGUCCCCUUCUGCUUGUGCCCUCAGUCUUUCCCAGCAUCAGGGUCUUUUCCAGGGAGUCUUCUCUUCUCAUGAGGUAGCCAAAGUAUUGGAGCCUCAGCUUCAGGAACUGUCCUUCCAGUGAGCACUCAGGGCCGAUUUCCUUAAGAAUGGAUAGGUUUGAUCUUCUUGCAGUCCAUGGGACUCUCAAGAGUCUCCUCCAGCACCAUAACUCAAAAGCAUUCAUUCUUCAGAUCACAAGCAGGAGCUGAGUGCAAAAGCAUUCUCCUCACUUGUGAUUCCCAGCAACUGCUCCUGAGUUGGCUCAAUUGGCAGAGCAAGAGACUUUUCAUCUCAGGGUUGUGGGUUCGAGCCCCACGUUGGGCAACAGAUUCGUGCACUACAGGGGGUUGGACUAGAUGACCCUCGUUGUCCCUUCCAACUCCAUAAUUCUUUGAUUCUAUGAAACUGGUAUAUUCAGCUGCCUCUGGCACUGGAGGUAGAAUUUAGAUACACUAAGCUUCAUUCAUAGUACAUCCACUGAAAUUAAUAAGCACAACGACAUUAGGCCCAUUAAUUUCAAUGGGUCUGCUCUGCCUAGGACCCAUGUACCUACGGGACCGCCUCUCCUGGGAUGCCCCAUGAAGGACCUUAAUGUCCAUAAAUGACAACACUCUGGAGGUCCCAAGUCGCAAGGUGGUUAGAUUGGUCUCAACUACGGCCAGGGCCUUUUCAGGACUGGCCCCGACUUGGUGGAAGACUGUGUCACAAGAGACUAGGGCCCUGCGGGACUUGACAUCUUUCGGCAGGGCCUGCAAGGCAGAGCUGUUCCGCCUGGCCUUUGGUUUGGACUCAGUCUGACCCUUCUGUUUCCCUCCCCUUACGGUUUUGAUCUAUGGGCUACUUUUAAAAUGAGGCUGCAUUUUAAAUUGCAUUUUAAACUGUAUUUUAAAUUGGUGGGUUUUUUCCCUAAUAUGUUUUUAUUGUAAUUUUAUUGGUGUUGGCCGCCCUGAGCCCAGCUCUGGCUAGGGAGGGCGGGGUAUAAAUAAUAUUUUUAAAAAUUAUUAUUAUUAUUAUUAUUAUUAUUAUUAUUAAAAACUGAAUACCACCCCAUUGAAUCAGGCCAAAGACCCAUUCAGUCCAGCAUCCUGUUCUCUUUUUUUUAAAAAAUAAUAUUUAUUAAUAAUUUCAGAAUUACAGAAAAGAAAGAAAAAGUAAAAAACAACACUACAAUGCAUAAAAAGAAGAAAAAACGCAAAACAUAAAACCAAUUCAACAAUAUAGCGAAAAAAACAAAAAAGGGGGAAAAAAACCACAAAUCCCACAUUACAUAUCUUUAACUUCCAUUUGCUUAUUUCGUUGACCUCCUCAUACCUCCCUUUUUGUAUUCUAGUUUAGUUAGUUAUUUCAGCAAAUUCUUUCCAUCUUUCUCAAUUAUUAUUAAAUAAUUUAUCUUAAGAAUUUAACCUAUUAAUUAACUCGACAGAUCCUUUCCAUCUUUCCCCAUAUUCUGUUAUUCAAAUUACCUUAAUUUAUUUAACCUUAUCUUACCAUAAAAUACCUUAAAGCUUGAAACUUAAUACUCAGUUAUACAUAACUCCUGAUAUCAUUUCUACUAGAGUCAUAUAGUUUCAUUCCAACAUUUCCCCUAAUAUUCAUUAAUUUUAGGCUAAUUCCCUAAAUAAAAAAUUUUUCUUUAUAAAUUUUCUUCCAAUCUUCAUCCAACGUCUCUUCUUCCUGGUCUCAGUUCGUGUCAGUCCUUACUGUCCAUUCCAUCUAGUCCAUCAACCUGGAAGUCUUAUGUCCGAGGCCCUUAAGUCUCUUCCAUGUCCCUUCUGCAGAUCUUCUUCUUCUUCUUUAUACUUGCACUUUUCCUUGUCUUUUGUUGGUCUCUUUCUUAAUUUCUUUCCUUUCUCAUUGAGGAGUAGGUCUCUGGGGGGUUCCAACCCAAAAUUAUCUCUGUCUCCCUUCAUCAAACCAGCCCAUUCCCCACAGUCCCACUCCCCACAGUCAUCAAUAUAAUCCAAAAAAUGUUUACGAGCAUAUUUUGAAGUCUCUCCAAAGUUAAGAGCCUCCUCAGCUCCAGACUCCCCCUGGCCAACUCCAACUUCAAUCUUCAAAAACAGCGGCUUAUGCUUCUGUAGGGCCUCGGGCCUCUCCAUUUGUAUUAUUUGAGGUGCAGCCGCAGCCUCCUCCAUUAUCUUCUGCACUUGCCCAAUCAAUACAGGUUCCUGAGUUGGACCCUGGAUGGUUUCUAUAUCACUAUUCACUAUUUGUCCACAGUUAUUGGCCACAACAGUCAUCAAAUCCAUUUUCUCAUUCAUCAAAUCCAUCUUCUCGUGCAUCUGUUCCAACAAAGCAUUUGUCUUACAUAAAGCAAGCACCAAAACUUCCUUCCAGCUCAUAUUUAGUCAAGGUCAAAAGGACUAAUCCCACGAUCUUAAUCUCACAGCUGUGGAUUCCUCAGGUAGACUGCAGCAACAAUUUAGCAAGCUCCCUCUAGAGGAGACAAUUUCUAUUUGUAUCCAUCUUUUAAGGCAAGUCCAACAAAGGAAAAUUACUUUCAUUUUUCAGAUAUUUUGUUUCUUUAGAAUGCAAAAGGCAACAUUGGAAUCAGUUUAUUUCUCUUCUUUAGCUAUCUGUCAAAGUAUUCCAUUCACAGUCAAUGAACCUCUCCAACAAUUUCUGUCUCUGACACCCCAUUCCCAGGUUAGAGACGGUGGAGACUUAUCUUUCUUCACUCCCUCUCCUGCAGGCGUCACACAAAGUCCCCCCCCCCUUUUCCCCUGCUUCCAAGGGGGUUCCAGUAGUUAUAAAUGAAGGAAAUUUAGGCUUUUUUAACGACUUUCCAGGCUUUAGCUUACAAGGUUUUUGCUUCAGUCUAUAUACAAAAAGCGGAAGGCGGACUUCCUGUUUUGAACCUUCCCGCUUUGAUGUCAAAUUAAGAUAUUUCUUGAUCCAAUUUUCCGUUUCUACUCACGGGUACUUGUUUUAAAUCCAAUUGUCCACAGGAAAAAGUUAGUGCUCUCCGGCGAUGGCUGUGCGGCUUCACUCCGUGAAAGUAGCAGUCAGUUCGCAGCACCGCGCCGCUCACCCCACUUCACUCCGGAAUCCUAGAAAGGGGUUCCCCGUGAGUAGGGGGGGCGCUCCUGGUGCCCUGCCGAACCCCACGUUCCCAGGCUUCCUCCGCCUGGGAUUUCUAGCGGGUCCCCACCUUCGCCGCGGCAGGAAGACCCAGUUUCCACGGAGCCAGUUCCUCCGGUCGGAGGAACUCCGCCAUUCGCCGAUGGCGCUAACCCGGAAGUCUCCAGCAUCCUGUUCUCACAGUGGUCAACCAGUUGCCUAUGGCAAGACUGUAAGCUGGGCAUGAGUGCAGCAGCGCUCUGCCCUGUUGCAGUUCCUGGCAACUGGUAUCCAAAGGCAAAUUGCAGUGGUUUUCACCCCUGGGGUGCCUUGAAUAAUGGCCAGGGGUACCACAGGCAACACUGGCCUCUGUCCCUCUUUCCUUCCCUCCCUCCUCUGCUGCCCUCUCGUAUCUCUGCCUCCCAAAGGCUUGCACAGCUGUUUGUUGCAGCAGCCCUGGCUACAAGCUCCGCAGGCAAAUGGUGUCUCUGGGGCCGGCCAGGGGUUGCUGGUUACCAGGAGCUGAGGAGGCCUUGGAGUAAGCAAGCAAGUGGGCGAGGGAAUCCAGCCAGCCAGUCCACCAGCCCUUGCUGUUGGGAAUGGACAGACAUGUCCCAGGCCCCUGUGGGGCAGUGUGAGGAGGCACCUCUCUUUGGGGUGGGGAGCUCAGAGACUAGGGGCAGCAGCAGCGGUUGCCCAUAGGACUUCCAAGGAGAGGGGAGAGGAGAGGAGGCUGAGGGAACACUCCACAAGGGAGGGUGUUUGAACAAGAUUGAGAGGCUGCCAGCUCUGCAGGCAAGGGGUGACAUAAGUGUUGGGUUUCUGUUUGUGCCACUGUACAGUGCUUGGGACGCUGAUGGUUAAACCACAGAGCCUAGGACUUGCUGAUCAGAAGGUAGGCAGUUCGAAUCCCCGCGACGGGGUGAGUUCCCGUUGGUUGGUCCCUGCUCCUGCCAACCUAGCAGUUCGAAAGCACGUCAAAGUGCAAGUAGAUAGAUAGGUACAGCGGAAAGGUAAACGGCGUUUCCAUGUGCUGCUCUGGUUCGCCAGAAGCGGCUUAGUCAUGCUGGCCACAUGACCCGGAAGCUGUCUGUGGACAAACGCUGGCUCCCUCGGCCAAUAAAGCGAGAUGAGCGCUGCAACCCCAGAGUCGGUCACGACUGGACCUAAUGGUCAGGGGUCCCUUUACCUUUACCUUUACAGUGCUUGGAGUCACAAGACUCUGUUUACAUUCCAGAGAUUCCAGACUGUUGGGAGUCUCAUGGGAGACGGGAGACAGAUGUUGAUAUUACUGGUUUCCUGUUCCUUUGUUCCAGUUGCCUCUCGGCUUUCACAGAGAGAGGAUGUAUAUUUCAUUUCUGUCUGCGUAGUUAGAAAUAAAACUCUUAGCAAUGUAGCUCCUAUUUCUUGUCCUUCGCUGCUGCUUGGAUACUCUGCGUAAUGAGGGAAUGUGCCUAGCGCCUCAUCAAAGGCUCAGGUCGUUAAUCACCGUCGGAGGACUCGACCAGAGGAGCAGCUCGGCUGAACGCAAGUCCAACAAUAAGUGGGCUCCUGAGCCCCACGGGGUGCUGCAGUAAGAAUGUAGUUGGUCAAGGGAGCUGUGGACUCAAAAACGGUUGUAAUCCUCUGGCAUAUUGAGUACAGAUGCAUGUUGAAUGCAAAGUCAAACAGCACCAGGAGGGGGUCUGGUUGGCGACGACUGCUGUAGAGCAUGAAUAAAUGAAUGAAAUAUAUGGAUAUAUACAUGCAUAGCUAUGAUACUGAUUUCAGUCCUGACCUAUGUUCCUCAUAAGCAGUGCUGUUUCUUUCCUGCUGCAGUCUGGCUUCUGACAAAAACUACAUUAUUUGCCUUGCAGUCCACUCUGGUGGAAUUCCACAUAAUUCAUGCAGUUAUUGUUACACUAUUCGACACCAUCCAUUUCAGUGCAAAGGAAACACAAUGCAAAUUGGACGGGCGAUGGGGGAGUGAGUAAGCAAUUACGUAUCCUUUGUGGACUGAAAACAGCAACAGCAAUUAUUGAUCGUAGUUGCUGGAUUGAUUUCUGUUCUGGACAUGGGAGGAGUAAGUGAACACCAGCAGUUUCCACUCCUGUUUCCGCUGAAAUUCUACAACAUCUCUUCCUGGAAGGGUCCGUUUCUCAAGUGACCAUUCGCACUCAGCCACAGACACAGAGUUGCAGAAUCCAAGCACCUCAUUUCUGUUAAUGGCACGGAAUAUAAAGUAUGUAGCUAGAAGCAGACACUUCUCAGCGGCCAGCUCUUGGCUGGCAAUAAAUUAACCACAGUUGUCUUUUCUGGCAGUCAGUCCUGGUGGCUCAAAGGGCAGCAAAUUGCCACCUGCUCCUCUGGGUCCAGGCACUUUGCUCCUGACGCCGAGCACGUGGCUUCUGUGGAAUCCCAUGACUGACACACCCCGUCAAAGAAUUCUGAGCUCUCAGAGAGGGCAGGAGUGUUUCUAGGAAGAAGGCCAUCUCAUCGCUUCCAGAUCUCAAGUGACACCAGAAUUUCUUCAGACUAGCACUACUGGUUCUUUGGUCAUUUAUUGCGCCACCACGGUCUGCAACACAUUGCCUGGUCAUUUUUAUGGAAUCUGGCAGGCUGCGCCUGUUCUGCUCAUUCAGUAAAAGCCAUUAAGCUUCAUCAUUACUGGGAUUUUUAUCUGUUUAUUAAUGCCUUUCAGUGCGUCCAGCCUCAUCCAUGUUUGGGGAGGCUGGCUGGCCGGUGGCACAUAGCUGUGCUAGUGGGAUUCUAACAGGAAUGCCUUUAGAGCCAUCAGCCACAUUCCUGCUAGUGGAAGAUUAAAACCUGCCCAAGCGCAUUUGCAGAGGUGUACAGAUCACAGCUCCUGUUUACAUAUCUGAAUUCUCUCUUUCUCCUCCAGCCUGCAUUGACCUGCAACAAUAAGCCAGGCUUUCCGCCAUACUGUGGUUUACUGUGAAUGAGCGCAUUGCUGGUGCUCCUGCUUUGUUCCUUCAAUGUUGUUGUUGAUUGAAUUUAUAUACCGCCCUAUACCCAGAGGCCUCAGGGCGGUUCACAUGUUGUGAGCAGGGAAAGCAAGCCAGAUCCACACAGCCAGAAGCAAGCCAGGUCAGCGCGAAGAAGCAGAGGCAGUUGCCAGUGAAGUUAACUAUUCGAGGAAACAAACGUGCAACCCAGCAACCCUUCCCAGUAGCCCCUAUGGGGGACUUGCCAGUUGCCUUCCACCCUUUGUAAGACUCCUCCUCUCCUGGAUGUUUCCCAAGCAGUGUGUCUACACACUUCUGGUCUCUGUUCUGCUCUCCUCAUUAUCCUGUGUGUUCUUGGAGACCCGGGGAAAGAGGGAGCUUGUCACAACGGGAGAGGCAGAUGUCCUGGGAUUCUGUUUCAGCCUUGAAGUCUGAACAGUGAUAGCUGUGGUGUGCUGGGCUCCUUGGAAACUUGAUCUGCCUCUUGGUGAAUAGGAGGUGCUGCUGGUCUCCUCCCAGGGAGGAAAUGGCUGGGGCUGCCCUCUGGCUUCUCCUAGGCUCUGCACCCACAUGGCAUGAUUCAGAAUGCCCCCCCAACAGCCUUUGAUUCCCACUCUAACCCCCAGGUGAGAUUGAUUUGAUUCCCCCUGUGUUCUCAAUGUACCCGUAUUUUUCGCUCUAUAAGACGCACCAGACCACAAGACACACCUAGUUUUUGGAGGAGGAAAACAAGAAAAAAAAUAUUCUGAAUCUCAGAAGCCAGAACAGCAAGAGGGAUCGCUGCGCAGUGAAAGCAGCAAUUCCUCUUGCUGUUCUGGCUUCUGGGAUAGCUGCGCAGCCUGCAUUCGCUCCAUAAGACGCACACACAUUUCCCCUUACUUUUUAGGAGGGGAAAAGUAAGUAUUAUAGAGCAAAAAAUACGGUAGAUCUUCACCCCCUCCUCCUUUCCAAUGUCUUUAUUCUCCUCUUCCUUCUGAUGUAGAUCUUCUCUCGCUCCUUCUUCCCUGGCCAAAGGAGGCACCAUUUUGUGGUUUGCCUCAGGUGCCAAAAUGUCUUGGGCCAGCCUUGGAGGCAGAGCAUAGCCACCAUCGCUAGUGGCAGAAGGGCUUUGCAUUUACUGCCAAAGGGAGAACUGAGAGAAUUCUGUCAUUCUUAAAAAAAAUAUGGAGAUCCCUAAAAAUAGCACAUUCAUCCUGGGUAGAACAUUCAGAGUGUGCAAUAAAACUAUCUAUAUGUUUAAAGUAAACACGCUGAAUAUUUAUAUGCCGCAAUUAUGACUAUUCAUAUCUGCUGCAUUGCAAUUAACUCCAAUUAAUAAUAUUCAUUAGUGUUCUUCCAAGGCUGUAAUUCAUGAUUUUAAAAUAGAGAUGCAUCUGCAGAAUCUUGCAGUGGAAUAGAGCGUCUUCCUUGGCUAUCCACUUCUACUUGCACAGUGUAAAUUCAGAAUGUUUCUGGAUUUUAUGGGUCUACUCUUGGGAGACCAGUGAGGAAAGGAACUGGUCACAGCAAGAAGAGGGAAGUUCCCUGGCUUCUUCAGCAGCCUGCCUCAUCUCUGUCUCCUGGCCCCUCUCUUCUUCUGCCUCUGAGUCUGGACUGUCCUCUGUGUUGGGAAUCUGAAUACGUGCAGUUACGCACACAGAGUCAAUUAGGGUUUGGCCAACAGCCAAGGCAAUGUGAAGGAGUAAGUCUGCCUGGUGAUACAGAGGCAUGGAAACAGCUCCAUGAUUGGUCAAGCUCUCUCAGGGGAAUAAUUAUUAAUGGCCUACUAACUGGAAUGUGUUAGUAUGAGGUUGAGUUCAGGAGUUGAGAGUUGUGUGAGAGAGAGCUAGUCAAAGAUCUGUGUUCUGUUCUGUUCCUGUAAAUAGUCCGCUGUAUAUAAUAAACACCUAACUACAAGUUCCUGGUUCCUGCUUCGUCCAUCCUGUCUGCAGCCAAGUUGCCAAUUGCUUUCGUGAACUCUGCGUUUACUCUGCUAGGUCUGGCUAAGGCCCUGCAACUAGUCAGAAAGUUGCGAAACACCAAUAGGUUUUGCCAAUACUCUACCCCAGCCUCUUCCUGCUCACUAAACCCUGUUGCCUCUUCAGCUUCCAUCACCUCUUCCUCCCAGUCCACUCCCUCUUCUCCCUCUGACCACUCAUCGUUGUCCCACCACCAAUCCCCUGGCUCUGAGCCUUCUUCCCUUGCUGGUUCCCCAGCUGGUGCCUGCCACCAUUCUUCUGCAUCCAGCCAGUCCAUGACAGUCAUCUGUGCAGGGAUCUUUUGCCCAAUGUGGGGUUCGAACCUGCAACCUUGAGAUUAAGAGCCCCAUGCUCUACUAGACAAACCUAGACAGCAUCUUAAAAAGCAGAGACAUCACCUUGCCAACAAAGGUCUGUGUGAUGGCCUGGGAUUCAGAUUCAGAUGCUGAACCUGAGGAAUCCCAGCCUGCACAGGAUCCCCUGUCUCCAGAACCAGCUGAGCCGGGGCUGGGGCAUGAGCCUGAAGGGUCCUCACCUGUGCUGGAUCCUCAGGUGCAGGCAUCAGCUGAGUCUGCUCUGGCUCCUGAGGUGAUGGAGGAUGCAUUGCCUGCAGGUGCUCUACUCUCAGCCCCGUCAGGGGAAGCUGAGGUUGCCUCUGGGUCCGGUAACCCUCCAUCCUCUCCUGGGCUGCAGAGGCUCAGGGCAGAGAGGCGGAGGGAACUAAGUUCCCACAGGAGAAGUGCUCACCUCCAGGCCAGGAGAGGUGAGUCACCAGAGGAUCGGGGCCACCCUAUGCCUUGGGGCAGAUAAAAGCCAGCCCCAGUCUUGGAGCAACGUUGCUGGUUGUCAGCCCCUGCCUGAACCCUGCCCAGCACCCAGCUUCGACUUUUACAGACUGCCUUCAUUUUGCUUCAUUGACCACGGACUGGACUUGAUUAACUCCCAGGACCAGCACAGUCCGUAUAGUUAAAGCUAUGGUUUUCCCAGUAGUGAUGUAUGGAAGUGAGAGCUGGACCAUCAAGAAGGCUGAUCGCCAAAGAAUUGAUGCUUUUGAAUUAUGGUGCUGGAGGAAACUCUUGAGAAGAAGAAGAUCAAACCUAUCCAUUCUGAAGGAAAUCAGCCCCGAGUGCUCACUGGAAGGACAGGUCCUGAAGCUGAGGCUCCAAUACUUUGGCCACCUCAUGAGAAGAGAAGACUCCCUGGAAAAGACCCUGAAGCUGGGGAAGAUUGAGGGCACAAGGAGAAGGGGACGACAGAGGACGAGAUGUUGGGACAGUGUUCUUGAAGCUACCAGCAUGAGUUUGACCAAACUGCGGGAGGCAGUGGAAGACAGGAGUGCCUGGCGUGCUCUGGUCCAUGGGGUCACGAAGAGUCGGACAUGACUAAACGACUAAACAACAACAACAUGCUCUACUAUAUAUGAAACGGCUGUACAUAUAUGUAUUCAUGGUUGAUGUUCUUAUUGUUCAAUUCCUGCGAGGUGUUUCGUUUGAAGCAAUUCGUAAAUAAAAUAAAUUAAUAUGUUGCAGUAUAAAGAGUAGCUGCAAGAAAUGUUCUCAGGGCACACAGGUCUUCCCUGAUGAACAAAGGCACUACAGCCUUUGAACCUUUCCCCCUAUCUUGCUCCACUCCCAUCGUUUCCCACCUCCCUGCUGAAAUCCAAAAUGGCGCCCCUGGGUCACUUUAUGUCUUGCUUGCUUCGGAACCCUCUGUCUCCUUAUUUCUCUCCAGGCGGUUCUGUUCUCUGCAAGAACAGGCUCCCUGCAGCCUGUGGGGUGAGCCCCCUUUCUGGAACUGUAAAGAACCCAGCAAAGUCUCUCCUUGCCUCUGAUCUCUGAAGCUCCUGCUAUAAAUCACGGAAAGGCAGAUUUUUCCUGAAAUGCUGGGUCAGUGUUACGGUGUCCUGCGCAGAGAUUUAUGAGCGCUGCCACGGUCACAGCUAUGGACAGCCAACAGAAGGAUGCUGACAGCUCAGGGUAUCUUAAGACUUCUCAGGAGGACAGAGCAGAAUGCAUUGCUGCGGUGAUUCAAGUCAGUCAGCAUGAUGGCGUGAAAAACGGCUUAGAUAAAUUGGAUAAAGUUAAGGCUUGGGUCCAGCGCUUGAUUUUGGACUCUGUCAUGCUCAGCCAGGUUCUAAGCCCGAUGGCAAGCAGCUGGGUCUGGGAGUUACAGUUUUAUUCAAUUUAAAAAUAAUAAAAUAAAAUAAAAUAAAAUAAAAAAAUAAAAAAUAAAAUAAAAUAAAAUAAAAUAAAAUAAAUAAAAUAAAAUAAAAUAAAAUAAAAUAAAAUAAAAUAAAAUAAAAUAAAAUAAAAUAUUUCCCAUACUGUCUUGGAGUAAAGAUGGGAAGCUGGAGCUGGCUGGCAGGUCAAAUCCUUACCUCCACCCUCCAUGGGCCAUCUUUGGCAAGUGGGAGGAGCCUCUCACCUGCCAAUAACCUGACGUCAUUAUGACUCCAGACGUCAACUUCCACAUUUAGGUCCAUUUGGAGGUGCUGUUUGCAAUCAAUGCUACUUGGUAAGGAAGUAAAAUUGAGCACGAAAAUCGCAUAGGGAGUCCUCUGGACUUGAAGAGGAUGUUACCAGCAAUGUCUCGCCUGUGGAAGUCCACAAGCUUGUGUAAGAAAAGGGCAAGAGGCAAUGAAGAGAGAUGAACAAUUUCAGUUUGUUAUGCUAUAUGCAUUUGGGAUGGCUACAGUAGCAGAAGAACAACAGACCUAAGUUUUUAUUUUAUUUUAUUUUAUUUUAUUUUAUUUUAUUUUAUUUUAAUUAAUAAAGCUACUUUGCAGCUUAUGGACAGUUACCGUAAGUCCAAGGAACCGGCGGUGAAAAAAGACUGUCACUCCACGUACUUUGAGGAAAGAGGUUUUAUAAGGACAUACGAAAUGUUGUGAACCGGCCCAACAGACUGUGUGGUGUAACAGUAAAGGCGUAAAUCAUAAAGAACUGAUCUCAGUGCCUUUGCUGGAAGAACCUCUUAAGAAGUUUGCAGUUAAUAUAUGAGAAUAUAAUGGACAUUUCUUGGUUGUGGUUGGGUACUUCUCUUACUGUCAGAAAGUUCUUCCUGAUGUUGAGUCGGAAUCUCUUUCCUUGUAACUUGAAGCCAUUGGUUCGAGUCCUACCCUCCAGAGCAGGAGAAAACAAGCUUGCUCCCUCUUCCAUGUGGCAGCCCUAGAGAUAUUUGGCUAUCCUUUCUCCUCUCAGUCCUCCUCUUUCCCAUGCUACGCAUACCCAGCUCCUUCAGUCCUUCCUCAUAAGGCUUGGUUUCAGGCCCUUGACCAUCAUGGUCGCCCUCCUCAGCGCACGUUCCAGCAUGAAUGGGGGAUGGGGUACCUACUUAGGGCACUCUGGGCAUUGGUGAACUCUAACUCCCACCAUGAAAAGCAAUGACAAACCUAGACAGCAUCUUUAAAAAGAGACAUCACCUUGCCAACAAAGGUCCGUACAGUUAAAGCUAUGGUUUUCCCAGUAGUGAUGUAUGGAAGUGAGAGCUGGACGGUAAGGAAGGCUGAUCACCAAAAAAUGGAUGCUUUUGAAUUAUGGUGCUGGAGGAGACUCUUGAGAGUCCCAUGGACUGCAAGAAGAUCAAACCUAUCCAUUCUUAAGGAAAUCAGCCCCGAGUGCUCACUGGAAGGACAGAUCGUGAAGCUGAGGCUCCAAUACUUUGGCCACCUCAUGAGAAGACUCCCUGGAAAAGACCCUGAUGUUGGGAAAGAUUGAGGGCACAAGGAGAAGGGGACGACAGAGGACGAGAUGUUGGGACAGUGUUCUCGAAACUACAAACAUGAGUUUGACCAAACUGCGGGAGGCAGUGGAAGACAGGAGUGCCUGGCGUGCUCUGGUCCAUGGGGUCACAAAGAGCCGGACACGACUAAACGACUAAACAACAACAACUCCCACCAUCCCAGACCGUUGGCCACGCUGGCUCGGGCUGAUGGGAAUUGGGGUCCACCAAUUUCUGUUGGGCUACAAGUUCUCCAUCCCUGACAUUCACCACACAGCAAGGAUUAAAUGUAACCAGAGGAAAAGAGAUGCAACAGGGAGCUCAACUGCUUUGCUGCUUUCCCAGCUGCAGGCUGCUGUGUCCGCUAUGCUGCUGUUCUAGACGGUUCUUAGCAACACACCGUUUCCACUAGCGCAAUUGUUGCGUUGGAUUUCUCUGUUGCACAACAUUAAAACACACAUGCCGGCUAGUGCACGAGCCCACAAGUGCAGCUUAUGGUCUCAGCACCCCUUUCCUUUCUUCCCUUUGAUCAUGCCCAAUUUCCCCUACAUAUGAAAAAGGUCUACGGUUUUUCUGAAUUGGUAGCCAGAAGACACAGGCCCAGCCUCUUUAUCCUUAAAUUACCUUUUUUCCUCCCCCAGCUGGAAAGGGAAAUUGCGCCUCAUUCUAGGCAGUACAGAUAGCUCUGACCAACUGCUGCCACCUGCAGGUGAGAGCUGGCGAGGACAGACGAAGGCAGCUCGAAACAGACCGAAAGUAAUUAACUGGGUAACAGCAGAAUCUACAUUUCUUCUUCUUUUCCUUCCCCAGUUCUAAUCCCAGAGAUGUGGUCCAGGGCAAAGAGACAUGCUGGAAGCUUCUAUAUUAAGAGUCCCACAUUCCCCCAAGAGGCACCUUAAUCAGCGCCAGGCUAGCUAAAUGGCUCUCGCUCUCGCUUUAUGGCGGGAGAAGGGAACUCGGGGCCCAAUCAGCGCCGUCACAGAGGCUUGAUUGCAAAUGAGCUCUUUGCAGCACUCCCAAGUGCUUCCAGCAUUGCAGAACAGCAUGCUCUGAUGAUGCAGUCUGUGACAGGAGAGCAGGACAGCUCUGGCACGACUGCAGGCAGAGCAAAGCAGAGAGAGCUUUUGGCUCGGAGGAACCAAAUUAAAACGACUGCAUAGCAGGAGGCAUUUGAUCAAAAGGCCUCUGCUUUAAGAACUUAAUUCUUCCCUGCCCUUUUCCCAUCAGCCUUUUUCCGGUGUGGUGUCCUGAAUACUUUUGAAACUGGGAAGACUUGGGCUUGAACCCUCCGGGACCUGUGGGUGAACCUCUCUCUCUCUGAUUAGCCUGUUGCCACAUUGGGUUGUUAUGCGAGGACAAAGUGGGCUCCCUCUGCUGCCCAGUUUAUGCUGCCCUGCCAAAUGUGCUCAAUAUACAAGCCAACUUUCACCAUUCAGAUGUUUGGGACUCCAAUUCCCACGGUCAGUAGGCAGCCAUGAUGGGAGUCAUCAUCCAGAGACGAGAGCCAGUGUGGUGUAGUGGUUAAGAGCGGUAGACUCGUAAUCUGGUGAACCGGGUUCGCAUCUCCGCUCCUCCACAUGCAGCUGCUGGGUGACCUUGGGCUAGUCACACGUCUCUGAAGUCUCUCAGCCUCACUCACCUCACAGAGUGUUUGUUGUGGGGGAGGAAGGGAAAGGAGAUUGUUAGCCGCUUUGAGACUCCUUCGGGUAGUGAUAAAGCGGGAUCUCAAAUCCAAACUCCUCAUCCAAUGACAUCUGACACAAACUAUUGCAAACUUUGUGGUAAAAGUAGCCGUGUUGGCCCCUGAGGAGAAUUCGAAAAUCUGUAUUAGGUUAUUAGGUCAGCUAAAAUGUUCCAAAACAGUGUGCAAGCUUUUGCCAUCUAGAAUACAAAAGCUGGUGCGCUGUUUUGUGACACUUUUGGCUGGCCUAAUCAAGGUCUUGCCCUAUUAUGGGUUUUGAAAUUUUACAGUGCAGUUGUGGUAGCACUGAGUCUGACCUUUGGAGAAAUACUGCCCUGAUUCAGACAUUGUGCCAAAUCACGGUUUGGUGCUAUAUGAACGAUCCUGGGCCUCAGUGACCCAGUCCAGUUCUGUCUAGAAGCAGGCUUCCACCAAAGCAGAUAGCUUUUCUGUCUAGUUGGGGAUUGUCUACCCCAGGGGUCAGCAAACUUUUUCAGCAGGGGGCCGGUCCACUGUCCCUCAGACCUUGUGGGGGAUCGGACUAUAUUUUGGAAAAAAAUUGAAUGAAUUCCUAUGCCCCAUAAAUAACCCAGAGAUGCAUUUUAAAUAAAAGGACACAUUCUACUCAUGUAAAAACACGCUGAUUCCUGGCCCGUCCGUGGGCCGGAUUUAGAAGGUGAUUGGGCUGGAUCCGGCCCCCAGGCCUUAGUUUGCCUACCCAUGGUCUACCCUGACAGGCAGGGAUCCUCCAGGGUCUUAGGCAAAUGGUUUUUCUACCACCUGCUAUCUUAUUCUUUGAACUGGAGAUGCUAGGCCUUGAACUUCUGCAUGCACUGGACGUGCUUCAUCACUGAGCUGGUUUGCAAAGCAAUAACAACCUUCCCUUUGCUCCCUAACAGAAAGGCGAGAAUCUCAGCACAACAGGAAAGGAGAGAGCAUGAGACAGGCGAGGAGGGAGCACUUGUCCUACUGCUUUCUCCUGGGAAAACCUGUUCUUUACUGCUGAAUCGCAGGAAACGUCCACUGGGUUUUCUGCAAAUUGAUGGUUGCUCCGGUUUAGCAGUAAAGAGUAUGUUUUCCUGGGGAAUGCAGCAGGGCAAACGAAAAUCCUCUUGGACCCAUGUCUACAAAGCACAGAGCCAGCAGAAAACCUCUUGGACCCAUGCUUUCUAAGCAUGGGGCAAGCAGAAGAGUGGAUGUGCCCUCUGACACCCAGACAGCAAAAGUCAGCAUCAUAUUUGUGCAAACUUUGAGUCCUCUGGCUUGGCAUGGGACUCUGCUGCACUUCAGACUACGUGGGCUGGCCAUUGGGAAUGAAUCAAUCCACGAAUUUAUGGGUUGCACCCAAUGUAGUGCCAAGUUGAAGUCACGUAGCAGUACAUGAAAUGUUUUGCUCCAGGGAACAUUAUUGCACCAGAGAAUGUGCAAGCAGGUUACCUUUGCUGUGCAAUAGAGAGCACAAUCAGUUGCCUAAUGGUUUUCUGCUAGCACAACGGCUGUGUUGGAUUCCUUCAUUGUGCAAUAAGCAAAUUCGCCUGUCCACUAACCCAACAGCCCUUGGGCUACCGGACAGAGGAUUCUGGGUACAGUCCUAUAUUAUUAAAGCUCAUCGAGUGUGGAAAGGAUUUAUGGAGAGGAGCCGUGUAAGAAUGUUGUUAACGUCUGGCAGAACAGAGCCUCAAGAUGCAACCUUUCUGCCUUUUGUUUGUUUUUUCAGUACAUCCCACUGGAUGGAGAAUUCAUCCUGGCCCCCGGAGCUGGGUUUGCAGCCUUCGACGGCAGUUUUGAUCCAGGAUGUGAGACAGGUAUUGUGCUCGACCUACCGUUCAUUAGUCAUGCAAAUUAAGCGCAGAGAGAAUAUGCCUCCGUUACGCUGCUGCUCACGAGUCAUUCUCCCAGUCAUAAUUAACUUUCCCCUGGAGCCCCCUCCCCCAAAGUUUCGAAACUAGUCAGAGCUUUCCUUUUCAUAAUUGGGGGUGGGGGGAAAGAGAGAGAGAGAGAGAGGAGGAGGAGGUGGAGGAAAUGGUAAGCGUUGGUUGCAGGUGUUCCUCCAGGACUGUCUCCGCAGAGGUUCCCAUUGAAAUGAGUUGUUUUGCUCUUGCCAGAGAAUUGCAUUCAUUUCGGUGCGGCUUACAUGGGGGAAUAUUCCCAGUGGGAUCAUGCUCAUUGUUUGCCUUUCCAUUGCGUCUAGUACAGGCAUAGUGAGACUGAAAUCCACGUUCUCUGGAUUCAAGGCCUAUAACGAAAAGGAUGCAUUGGGCUUAACUUAAUCUGGAGCCAAGUCUUGGAACCUAUGGGUGGUACCCAACUAAAUAACCGAGCAAGCAAAACGACUUCCGCUUGUGCAAUGGGACUCCCCCUGCCUCUCUUCCCUCUGCUCAUCUCCCGCACUGUCCAAAGGACUAGCACAACCUAACACUAUUUUGGAUGCAGUUCAUUUUUUUGUGGAUACAGGCGACUCCCACGGGGGUUAAGUUCUGAGGCACCGCGUGUUGUUUACGUGAAAUUGCAUAUAUUGGGAACACCAUCAGAAAAGCCUGCAAACACCCUCUAAACAUCUGGAAACCUUUGGAAAACCCUUUGGAAAACCAACAGCACUUACCAGAUGCCAAACUAGGCCUCAACGGUCAGUGCAAGGGCUCCUGGUAUUGCACUUGCAAAGACUUGUGGGGUUGCCAGGUGUGGGAGCCAUGAAGUCAUGGCAAAGACUUGUAGCGCCACCUGGUGCCUCGCUGACCUCGGUGACCUGCAUGUCCGUGCCUUGCAGUGUAUUAAGUGCAUAACCUUAUAUGGCGAUGGGUGGGUUAAAGCCAUGACCGGAUGUAGGUAACGUGAGACUUUUGCAAACGGCCAUGCGAGAGGAGAGAACAAAGGAUAAUAAAAGAUACCGGAGAGGAGAGAAGUUCGAAAUGAGCUGCCCUGCAUCCAGAAAAUACUGCUGUCUCACUGUGUCCUUUUUUCAAAUGCUAUACAGCACCAUUUAAUGACGGCUGGACUUCCGUCAGCCAGGUGCUGCUUUUGUGCUCUUUUUCAUCCUUUUCGAUCUCUUCAAGGGCCACUUUUAUUUUUAUUUUAUUUUUUAAGUUUUCCAGUUUUCCAUUCUUAUACAGUAGUUCUGUUUGACUUCCCACCCAAGCAUUCCAUGACAGUUCUUUUCACAUCUUGGCUGCAUAUACACCAGUUCAUUCACCUUAUUUUCCACACUCUCGUAUUUUUAAUAUUGUCAACUGUUGGUCACAAAGUUCCCCUUACCUGGAAUUUAUAUUUUAGGUCGAAUAUUCCCCCAAGUGUUCCCACCCACUCCUCAUCUGUUUAUCAUCUUGAUUUCUUAUUUUAGAUGUCAUACUGGCUAGUUCUGCAUAUUGUUAGUUUAUAUAGCCAUUGUUCUUUCCCUGGGAUCUCUCUCUGUUUCCAGCAUCUUGCAUAUACUAUCCUUGUUGCUGUCGUUCCAUAUAGAAACAAGUUGUGGGCUUUCUUUGGUAAUUCGUUCCCAAUUAUACCUAGAAGAAAUGCUUCCAGCUUCUUGGGGAAAGUAAAUUUUAAAAAUUUUCUUUAACUCAUUGUACACCAUCUCCCAGACCUCCUUUGCCCCUUUGCAUUUCCCCCAUAAAUGAAUAAAUGAACCAGACAUUUUUAGCACAAUUUUGAACCUCUUUUGUACAUUUUGGCCAAUUUUUUGACCGGUGUCAAGCAUCAUCCAUAUUGCAUUUUGUUGUUGUUGCGUAUUUUCACUUAUUUGGUAACAUUCCAAGAAGUUCCUUGUUGAGUUCCAUAAUUUUCCCUGCUCAGCAGUUAAAAUAUUACGCCCAAUAUCCAUAGCCCAUUUUUGCAGUUUUUAAAUGCACUUCCGGGUUUGGUGCAAUGCGCCUGUGCAUGAUUGCAUGUCUACUAGAUGCACAUAAAUGUGGAGUUGCCUGUACUAGAAUGUCAGCACUUAUGUCGAUGACUCCCUCCUGCUAGGUAUGUUUGAACUUAUGCCUCACGGCCAGUGCCAUAUUUACGUAUAACCUAAAAAAGUUAUAGCUUAGGGCCCCACUCUCUUGGGGGCCCCCCAAACAAUUAAAGGGGGGAAAAAACUGGAUGUACAUUUCCAAAAUAUAAGAUAAAAAACAAACAAAACCUACAUACAGCAACAGUGUUUUGUGUUGUGUAGACUCCUAUGAUGUAAGUAAAGGGCACCGCCUGCUAGCCUGCUCCCUAAAAUAUCACUGGUUUGCUCAUUUCUAUAUAUAGGGUGCCUGCAUUCUGCAUGGACUGGCUGCAUGGCAACAUGUGCAAAUGGUUUUAGAUUCCUGUUAGGUCCAUAAAUUACCAUAUAGCAUAUAUUCAACACACAAAACGGUGACAAUUUGUUGUUGACAAAGGACAGCUGGACAUAUAAAGGGCCCCAUUACCUUCAGUAGCUUAGGGCAGCCUUUCUCAACCUGUGGGUCCCCAGAUGUUGUUGAACUACAACUCCCAUCACCUCUAGCUAGCAAGGCCAGAGCUCAGGGAUGAUGGGAGUUGUAGUCCAACAACAUCUGGGGACCCACAGGUUGAGAACCGCUGGCUUAGGGCCUCAUCAAACCUAAAUCCGGCCUUGCUCACGGUGCACGGAAUGGGAUGGCCCAUGAAUAGCAGCCCUCCGCUUAAGUGAACUGGGAAUUCCCUUUACCCGCAUCUCCUUGUCAUAUCCAGAUGGAACUGCAUGGUGCAGACGGAGCUCCACACAGGGAGAUGUGCAUGUAUGGAGCUCUGUUGUGUGGAGACAGAGGCUGAGGCUUUAUCUGUAGAUGAGUGGGCAGGAUGCCUACGGCCCCAUGCCAUCUAAGGAGACCAGAAGUCAGACCUAAAUUCUACACCAAAGCCCUUGACGUCCUUCGUUCUUACGGGCCUGCUGCGUUAUGCGCAAAUCUGUGACAGCUUCGUUAAUAUUGAACGGGAAGAAAGUUGUUAAUGAAUUAAAUAUGAACCUCGGCAAAUAGACUGUGUACAGCUGCCCCUGUGUAUUGUUUAUUUUCAUAUUAAAUUCCCCAGCAGAGGAACUAUGGGAUAUAGUUCGUGCAUGGCAUGUUUACAAUUGCACUUGCAGAGAGCCGGGUCUGGGGUGGGGGCGGCGGCAGGGGAACCAGUGGCUGAUACAUUGCUAAUAAAGUUGUUCCGGUUAUCGUCAUCCAUGGCUUUCCCCAGGAUUACUCACACUUGAUGUUUGUGGAAGAUCCUCCCCAGCGACUUCCAUAAGAUCUGUGCAGCGUUCUUGUAAUAUGUCUGGGAUAAUAAACCAGAGGAUAGCCGCGUGGAAUCAUAGAACUGUGGAGUUGGAAGGGACCAUGAGGGUCAUCUAGUCCAACCCCCUGCAAUGCAGGAAUCUUUUGCCCAAGGUGGGGCUCGAACCCACGUCCCUGAGGCUGAGAGUCUCAUGCUCUACCGACUGAGAGCUAAACUACUGGAUCACACCACACCAAUCCAGGCUGCAUACGCACCAUGCAUUCAACACACAUCACUUUCUCCAAAGAACCCUGGGAAGUGUCUAUCCCACACUGAGAGCUAUAAUUCCCAGCACCCUUAACAAACUACAGUUGCCAGAAUUCUUUGGGGGAGUAGUCAUGUGCUUUAGAUGGGUAAUAUGUAUGAAGCCACAGUAAUCAGCUGUGGGCUAUCACCUUGAUCAGCGGUUCUCAACCUGUGGGUCCCCAGAUGUUGUUGGACUACAACUCCCAUCAUCCCUGAGCUCUGGCCUUGCUAGCUAGAGGUGAUGGGAGUUGUAGUUCAGCAACAUCUGGGGACCCACAGGUUGAGAAAGACUGACCUAGAUCAAAGGUGCAGUUAAUGCACCUUGCUUCCUCUUAAGAGUGGCCAGAGGGGAAGCAAGGCUGAACUUCCUUGGGAACAAGACAGGGAUGGACCUCAGCCCCCAUUGUGUGCAUUCUCACAAGGAAGGGAGAGAGGGAAGAUGGAGGGGGUGUGGGAGAAGGAAGCAUCUGGAGUGACAUCUCCACCUUUGCACAGAUAACCAUAACAUUGUAAAGUUGGAAGGGACCUUCAGGGUCACCUAGUCCAGGUAUCUUCAAUCUCUUCUGACCCAUGACUCACCUUUAAACCAAACAUGCAUUUAGGGGCCCACCAUAUAUUUGCAUGGUGGCAGUGCUCCUGUUGCAACCCAUCUUGGAUCAAGCUGUGACCCACUAGGGGGUCACAGCUAAAAAUUAGCUGCUGUUUCUUUAAUGCUUAAAAAGCUGGGUCAGCAUGAGUCAGCGGCCUGCACAGGGUUGUAUAUAGAGAGUGAGAAAUGUUAGCUUGUUGUUGGGUUGGUUGGUUGGUUGGUUGGUUGGUGAAAGCUGGUAGUGUUGAUGUGUAUAGUUGGUCAGUCGCUUUUGCAGAAAGACUUUAAAGAAUAAAAACAGAAAGUACUCUGCAAGGAUACUUUUCUCGUGGACUCUUUUAUGCCGACAAACUGGAACGUGUCCAGAGGAGGGCAACCAAAAUGGUCAAAGGCCUGGAAACGAUGCCUUAUGAGGAACGGCUAAGGGAGCUGGGCAUGUUUAGCCUGGAGAAGAGGAGGUUAAGGGGUGAUAUGAUAGCCAUGUUCAAAUAUAUAAAAGGAUGUCAUAUAGAGGAGGGAGAAAGGUUGUUUUCUGCUGCUCCAGAGAAGCGGACACGGAGCAAUGGAUCCAAACUACAAGAAAGAAGAUUCCACCUAAACAUUAGGAAGAACUUCCUGACAGUAAGAGCUGUUCGACAGUGGAAUUUGCUGCCAAGGAGUGUGGUGGAGUCUCCUUCUUUGGAGGUCUUUAAGCAGAGGCUUGACAACCAUAUGUCAGGAGUGCUCUGAUGGUGUUUCCUGCUUGGCAAGGGGUUGGACUCGAUGGCCCUUGUGGUCUCUUCCAACUCUAUGAUUCUAUGAUUCUAUGGUUCUAUGACAAGGGUCCGAGGACCAGGCUGAGGCGACAAAGGGAGGUCAGAACCGUUUUUUGGGUUUUUUUACAAACACUGACAGUCCUGACCCACCAAUUGAAGACCAGCGGUCUAGUCCAACCCCUUGUACAGUGGGGGAUCUUCAACUGCAGCAUCCCUGGCAGCUGGCAGGAGAGGCCGAUGUCUUCCAUGACAGCCUGUUCCACAGCUCUUAACAUCAGGGCAUCUCUCCUGAUGUCCAGGCAAAGUCUGGUUCCCUCCCUUGGAACACAGAAAGCUGUCAGACCACUGGCCCAUCCACUGGUCUAUACUGGUUGACUGAAGCUCUCUGAGGUUCCAGGUAGUGGGCAUUCCCAGUCCUUCCUUUAGAUACUGGGGACUGAGCCUGGGACCUCCUGCAUAAGAGCAGAUGUUCUACCACUGGGCUACGACCUUUCCCUUAUUGUUCUAGGCCUGUUCAUUGGAGCCAUAGAGAAACAAGUCUGCUCCACAUUCUUCAGAUAAUUUGAAGACUGCUAUUAUGUCUCCCCUUCAUCUUCUUGUCUCCAGGCAAGACAUAACUUGCUCAUUCAACCUGCUCUCUUAGCGACUUGAUUUCCACAACCCUCAAAAUCCUGGUUACUAUCUCUUGGAAUACUCCAGAUUGUCAAUGUCCCCCUUAAAGUGUGGCUCCCAUGAUUGCAGACUUCCCUCCAUAUUAUGUAAGGCCAAGCAACACAAAUUUUGUUGUUGUUUAGUCAUUUAGUUGUGUCUGGCUCUUCGUGUCCCCAUGGACCAGACCACGCCCGGCUCUCCUGUCUUCCACUGCCUCCCGCAGUUUGGUCAAACUCAUGCUGGUAGCUUCAAGAACACCGUCCAACCAUCUCGUCCUCUGUCGUCCCCUUCUCCUUGUGCCCUCCAUCUUUCCCAACAUCAGGGUCUUUUCCAGGGAGUCUUCUCUUCUCAUGAAGUGGCCAAAGUAUUGGAGCCUCAGCUUCAGGAUCUGUCCUUCCAGUGAGCACUCAGGGCCGAUUUCCUUAAGAAUGGAUCGGUUUGAUCUUCUUGCAGUCCAUGGGACUCUCAAGAGUCUCCUCCAGCACCAUAAUUCAAAAGCAUCAAUUCUUCAGCGAUAUAUAUAUAUAUGGGAAAUUCAAUGGAGAACAAAAAAGAAUACUGGAAUAUUUGAAAUAAGUUAGAAAUGCGCUAUAUUUGUAAUGAAAGCUCAGAUGGUCGGAAUUUCAGUGGAUUUAUGAGCUUUGCUAUUAGAGGUUCUGUUCUGCAAUUUACAAUAUCAGUAUGGCAUGGGUGAUUCCUAGGGUCCUUGUUCUCAUUUAUUUUUAAUUAUGAAAAUCGGAAGUCACCCAUGUGCAGCGGCUGGCCAUGCAGAUGGGUGAGUUUACCUCAUGCACUUGCCACGCUUUAAAAAAGAAAUCUUAGUAUUAAUUAUAAACAAAUAAAAAGAAUAAAUAUCAGUGAAGCAGAACAGACUCCACAAGUUUCUCCCUCCCUCCCUCCUAUUAGCUUCAGAAGUCACCUUUGCCAGUGCAGAUAAUUUCCAGUGGUACGACCCCACCCUGUGGCGUGCUGCAACCUCAUUGGACAACCUCGAUCGAGGCAAACACAUCUUCUCCGUGGAUGAAGAAAGAGUCCCGUGCCAGUACGAUGACGUUAUCUUUCCGCCCGAAACGUCCUUCCGUGUGAACAUCGAGUCGUCUGAGCAGGCCAUACGGCUCAGGAGCAUUUCAGUCCUGGGGCAGGUAAAACAGGGCGUUUUGAGAUGAAACCGUGGCUGCUUCACCAUUUUCUGUUUUGCGAUUCCAAAAAUAAAAUAAAAGAUUGUGAGUGGAGAUGAGCAACUUCCUCCAGAUUCACUGUGAAUCGCCUGGGGAGGGGAACAGGUAUAGCCCUACUGCUAGAUUAAAGCAGCAGCCCACGCCAGCUAAGCUAGCAUGCUCUGGGGGAGGGCAUGAUCUAGUCUUCACUACUGAAGGGUCCACUAUUGAAGAGAGUCAGUGUGGUGUAGUGGUUAAGAGCAGUAGACUCGUAAUCUGGUGAACCGGGUUCACGUCUCCGCUCCUCCACAUGCAGCUGCUGGGUGACCUUGGGCUAGUCACACUUCUCUGAAGUCUCUCAACCCCACUCACCUCACAGGGUGUUUGUUGUGGGGGAGGAAGGGAAAGGAGAAUGUUAGCUGCUUUGAGACUCGUUAGGGUAGUGAUAAAGCGGGAUAUCAAAUCCAAACUCUUCUAAAGCUUCCCUUCUCUUUCCCAGGUAAUCACUUACCCGGUUUGGGGGGAGGAGGCAGGAAGACUCUAGGACCUUGUCAGAGUCCUCAUGCCUCCUGGCUGAAGCCUGGCAAGCACUUACCAGAUUUGAAAAGAACACUCUUCAGCUGCGUACCCAGUGCCCCGCACUCUUCGUGAUGCCCCAAAUCCACUUCUGUUCUUGCAUGCACACAUGCAAGCAGACAGACAUAUAUGCACACACAGAGCUACACAUCCUCCGGUGCCGUCUUGGAAGGUCGGGAAAAAAUUGCUUGUGAUCGAGACCUCAAACUGCCAGUUAGCCACCUCUGUAUUAAGCGCAUUGGUGGUCUGAAACAUCCUUUUCUCUGGCACUGUGAUAAAGCGACAUCACCAUGUCAAGCAGCCUUCACACAUGAAAAGCCUCCCUGUGUUCAUGCACACUCUCGAUUUCAAGUGGCCUAAUUUGCAUGAAUCAAGCCUUAUCCCUCACUGUUGUUUCGAUGCUUAUCCAAGGUCACAGAGUCUUCCCUUCCAAUAGCAGCUGGUUGCUAUUUCAGAAUCACAGCAGUUUACAAUGCUUAGACAUAAAAACAGCUGUACGUUUAAUCUGAUCAUGUUGCUUGUGAUUUUUCUUGAGGGAACUGUUGAUUUCUGAGUUUUGUUUUCCCCCUGCCUCCCCAUUGCCGCCACUUUCACCUGAACGGGAAUUAGAAGUUUACCAGUGACAACACCCUGGCAGAGUAUAUGCAGAGCUCUUCUGCAAAGCUACAGUUCCAUGGACAAGGGGCAUUCCAGCUGUUGAACACCAGGUGCCCGGAUAAAUCGGGCUGCGAAUGUGGAAAUGCUGCGGUAAGUUCUUGGCCAUGGGCAUUCUCUGAGGCACUAGGUUCUGUUAUCAAGAGACUUCAAGAUAGGAGUUUGAAGGAGUCUGGCCUAUUGAAAACCCACAUGAGCACAGUUAUAUACUGCUAGAUUAUUGAAGCUGAUUCACUGAGAAUACUUUGCAGAGAUAUAAGGAUCAGUGCAGCCAGUGAAGUCUUCUGGGGGUCUUUUUCUGCAUAACCAGUAAUAAUAAAUAAUAACAAUAAAUUUUUAUUCAUACCCCGCCCUUCCCGGUUCAAAAAAUUGGGCUCAGGGUGGCUAACAAGAAAUGUAAAACACUUAAUUGAUGCAACAAAAAGCAGCAUAAAAUACAGUAUAAAACGUGAAUAACAAUAAAUUCAGUAAAGAAAGGAGUAGGGAUAUUCUGUCAGAGAAUUCUGACAGAAACGGGAGGCAUUAGGUGGACAAACAUGUCCAUGAGGGCGCAAGACUGCCAGCCGAACACAUGGAUUGCCAACAUGGCACCUGUGGGGACAGGUGUGCCUGCAGAGAUUUUCCUUGCUGGAAUUAGACAACAACAACAGCAGCUUUUGCCCUGCCCAUCUGAAUGGGUUGUCCCAGCCCCUCUGGGCGGCUUCCAACAGAAUACACAAAAACAGUACAUCAGACAAAGAAAUUGAAAGAAAGGCUCUCCCUUCUCCCGGCCUAACUGCUCUGUAGGGGUGAUUUCAGGACAGUUGUGGCUGAGGAGAAGAGAGUGGCAGUGAUAAUGGCUAUGUUCUGCCUCCACUGUUUGGGGCAGCAAUGUUUCUGAAUACCAGUUGCUGUAAACCACAGGAGGAAAGAGUGCAGGUUCGAUUCCCCGCUCCUCCACAUGCAGCUGCUGGGUGACCUUGGGCUAGUCACACUUCUCUGAAGUCUCUCAGCCCCACUCACCUCACAGAGUGUUUGUUGUGGGGGAGGAAGGGAAAGGAGAAUGUUAGCCGCUUUGAGACUCCUUAGGGUAGUGAUAAAGCGGGAUAUCAAAUCCAAACUCUUCUUCUUCUUCUCAUUUUCCUACUCAUAUUGAAAUCCUGCCCCUCAAUAAGACCAAAUUUAGAUUAAAUGUUUAGGGGGGUGCGUACCCCCCCAGGAAAAAAAGCACUGGGUAUAGUAGUCAUUGUCUCAGCAUUGGAGAUCUCUGGAAAGCAGUUCAUUUGUGCAGGCGGAAACCUUUUUCUUCACUGAGUAAUCUACCUGCUCUUGUUGAAGGACCACGACAGAAUCUGUGCUGCCUUGCUCCAGAAGUCUGGGAAUCAAUGUCCGCAGGUGAUGUGCAAGGACCCCCUGAAGCCCGUUGGCCAUUGCUGUGAAAUGUGCGGUAAGUGAAGAGCAGCUUUGUUAUAGCUGUUUACAGGACAAGGGGGGCAAAUCAGUUCGCCUGCAAUUCGCUCUGCCAACAGUUGCAAUUGCAAGGAUUUGGGAAAUACAGCAUAUAUUGUAUUUUGAAUGUAAAAGGCCCUGGGUUCAGUCCUUUUUAAAAAAAUUAAUCAAUUUUUCGAUACAAACAUCAACCGCAAAAGACACAUACAACAAAAACCAUAAUAACAGUAAUAACACAAUUUGACAAUUCAGAUUUGGAUACACUGAUAUACCUCUGACUACACCUUUUAACCUUACAAGUUUUAUUUGGAAAUUGAUUUUAAGAAUAAUUUUUUAUUAACCGACCAAUCACAUCAAAUCAAACCAAAUUACAUAAAUUCCAAAUUACACAGCCAAAUUUUAAAUUUUUGUUGGGGGUACCCAUAUUUCAAGUUCCGAAGGGAUCCAAUCAACUUCUUGCUUCUUACUGCUGUUUUAAUGUCCACAAAUCUAACCUUAUGAUGUUCACAGUACUAUCUAGUCCUUUCUUAUUAUUUUCCCACAUCUCUUGUUGUUAUUUUCAUAUAUUUUUCCGUUCUCUUUGUGACCUCUGAUAGUCUCCGCAAGCUGGUUAGAACAGUUUGUAAUCCUGCGUGGAUAUUAUUAUUUUUAUCCAGUAGCCAUAUCCAGACAUUUUCCAUAUAACAUCACUUCCAUACAUCAAAACAGUCUUAGCGUCAUUAAUCUUCACCAAUCUGCCUCCUUUCUCAAAACCUCUGAGGAGAUUCACUAGGAAUGCAGUCUGAAAACAAGUCCGUUCUUCCUCCCGGCUAUAAAUCCUUUGGCAAGAUGGCGACUCCGAAUUAAUUGCUGCGCCAUUCCCAAAAGCUCUUCUUGCUUCUUGGUCUCCAUAAAGCAUACUUUUGGUUAAAGUUUAUCUCCACAGGGACCUUAAUCAUCCUGCUUGGGUCAGUUCAACCGAUGGUUCUAAUGAGGAGGGGUUCUUGUAAAUCACAUAGAAGGAAAGUAAAAAAGGUUCCCCCCCCCCAUUCAGCCCCGUUGUCAACAUACCCCGCCAUUGGUGUAUCUUGAUCGUAAAAUAUUCCUCUUUCUCCAGCCCGUCGUCUUCUUUCGCAGAGGUCACUUAAAUUAGCAGACUUCACUCCCCUUCUUCACUUGAAAUAUGUGCAUUUGCUUCUUUUGUAAUUAAUUAUUCCAAAUUGCUGCAGCUAGUGCGCGAUCAGAGACAGCGUCCAGGAGAGCUGAGUGUCCACACGGGGCAUUCUGCCUAGGGCCCUCACCCCCUUCUUUCGAAUUAGGGGGUGAUUUAUGGGCACAGCAGGCAAGGGCAGUGUUCCCCAUUUCCUUGGGGCAACAAGGGAGGCUGCCUACUCCCAUAACAGCCUCUUAAUUACCCCGUGUGGGUCGGAGAGAUGGUAUUGUCGGCCAUCUUCCAAUGCGCCCCCUAGUGGCCCCCCAUGACUACACCUUUUAAAACAAUAUUUUUCUCACCUCUCUCUUCCCUCUACUUCCCACCACUAUGUGCCUUAUCGCUUAAAUAUUCGUUCCAGAUUUCUUCAUAUUUAUCCAUUCUUAUUUUGCUUUGACAUGCAAUUCGUUCAUAUGUAGCGAAUCUGCCCAUAUUAUCAAUCCAUGUACUCAAUGGAAUCUUUUUGUGGCUCUUCCAAUUCAUCAAAACAAGUGUUUUUUUUUUGCUUCUAAUAUAGCACGGUACAUUUUUUUUGACCCCCUGAAAUCUCCCACAUUUCUGGAAUAUAAUUUAGAAUUCAGUUUCCCUAAAUAACAAUUUCUUUUUAUUACUCUUGCUAUAAAUAUCCUCACCUCACACCAAAAUGAUAUUAUCAUCGGGCCCCAGGUUCAGACCUUGACAUCUCCUAUCUGAGACUCCGAGAGAGUCACUGUCAGUCAAUAACUCUAAGCUAGACGAGCCAGUGGUCUGACUCAAUAUUGAGGUCAGCCUAGAUAGCUCAGCUGGUUAGAGCACGGUGGUGAUAAUGCCAAGGUUGCAGGUUCGAACCCCAUAUGGGACAGCUGCAUAUUCCUGCAUGUCCCACUCCCAAGAGACUGCGAUCUACUCCCAAUAUUAAAAAAACUGACGGUGAUCUGCCCAUUGGAGGGAGGAGGAGCGUGCGUGGGGUGGGUGGAAGGUGGCAGCUAACUGGAAGCGGGGGGAGAUUACCAAGAGUUGUUAAGCUUCUUUUGGGGAGCUUCUUUUGGGGCAGAGGGUGGUGACAUUCCUAGCCCUCUUCAUUUAAUACCAUGAUCGACCAGGAUCACCCACGAUCGACCAGGAUCACGCCGGGGAUCUACCUGUCGAUGGCUGUCGACCGGUUGAGCAUGUCUGGACUAGAUAUUCAGGGUGCCUUCCAAUUCUAUGAUUCUAUGAUAUAAGGCAGAUUCCCAUGUUCCUAUCUUAGGGCUUAUCUACAUCUACUUUUUGCCCCACUCUUUCUAGGCAGAGGUCUGUGCUUUAACACGCCAUGUCUGAGUUUGUUUUUUUCCCACCCCAAGCUUUCCCCAUGCAAAUCCGUUCUUCUAAGCUGAAUUGGAGCAAACGCUAGUUGGGGUUUUCUGCUGAUUGACGUUUGCUCCAAUUGAGGUUUAAAGAGCAGAUUUGUGCAGGGAAAGCUUUGGAGCAAAAGGGCGGGGGGAUGGGAUGGUGUUUGGACACAGAGCUUUAAACUUCAGACUGUGCCUGGAAAGAGCAGAGGGAAGCUAAGUGUGGAUUAGCCCUUCAUGGCAAUAUGUGUACUGCAUUAAAAGAAAAGCUGGAACAGUGCUAUCUGUUGAAAUUCAAUAUAAAUGCAAACUUUUCACAUUUUGAACAGUUCCAGAUGUUGCUUUUGAAAAUUGACUUGAGGUGAGUUUUUUUUUUAAGAAAGAAGGGAGCAGGGCUAGGGGACCUUUGACAAUGGGAGUCAAUAAUAAUAAUAAUAAUAAUAAUAAUAAUAAUAAUAACAACAACAAUUCAAUUUAUAUACUACCCUUUAUCAGGAAAUCCCAGGGUGGUGUAAACCUUAAAAACACAUUACAGAACAUUGAUGAGAAAAACAAAAUAAAAAGUUGGCUUUGAAGUCCAGCAACAUCUGGCAGGCUACAGGUUCUCCAUCCCAGCUUCAGAACAUGAUCUCUCUUGGUCUGUGGGCAGGCACAUUUCAUAGAUGGCUAUCCAAUUGGUACCCUCCCUCCUUUUCAGCAUCUUUCCUGGGUCCCCAUCUAUGUACAUACCUGGGGUCUCAUCAACAGUUAACUCAGGAGGACUUAUAAGUGAAAAUAUUGAGGGGGGCGGGAAAAUAGUUAAUAAUGCAAUCCCAUCGAUGCUUGAGAGUCCAAUGGACUGCAAGAAGAUCAAACCGAUCCAUUCUUAAGGAAAUUGGCCCUGAGUGCUCACUGGAAGGACAAAUUGUGAAGCUGAGGCUCCAAUGCUUUGGCCACCUCAUGAGAAGAGAAGACUCCCUAGAAAAGACCCUGAUGUUGGGAAAGAUGGAGGGCACAAGGAGAAGGGGACAGCAGAGGACAAGAUGGUUGGACAGUGUUCUUGAAGCUACCAGCAUGAGUUUGACCAAACUGCGGGAGGCCGUGGAAGACAGGAGUGCCUGGCGUGCUCUGGUCCAUGGGGUCACAAAGAGUCGGACACGACUAAAUGACUAAACAACAACAACAUCUAUGUUUACUCAAAAGUAAGACCCAUUGUGUGCAGUGGGGCUUACACCCAACUAAGUGUGUAUAGCAUUGCAUCCUGAAUUUGAAAUUCCAGCAAACAUUCUUGCAAUAAAAAAUGGUUAAGUAGCUUUGCAUCUUACCCACCCUCCCAAGAUGUCAUGACAGAAUGGCAAAUUUUAAACACACACAAGUUGAUUCUCCUGGCAGCCCGUAACACUGUGAAUUUAUCAGCUUUUAAUGGAGAUGUGAUCCUAGAUUUCCCCCAUUCUGAUACUCAAUCCAUUACAUAACACUCUGCUCUUUUCACAUUAGACAACCAUCCAUCAUAUGGUAGCUUCUUUAAAUUUCUCCAAAGGGAGCUCAGACUGCAUGGGGAGUCAGUUUAUUUGCCGGAUGAAUUCCUAUCUUAUCCUUCUUCUUAAAAGCCCCAGCCUGACAUUCACAGGAUUAUCUCAUUUUUCCUAAGGAAUUUUGUGAUCUAGGCGAGGGUGAGAGAUAAAGGCUAUUUCUCCACAUUUAUCAAUAUCCUACUCUUUCUCCGAAGAAUUCUGGGCAUCACACAUGGUUCUUUCCCUCUUUUCCUUUCAGCAACAAGUCUCUGCGGUACAUUUGGUUGAGAUAUGAUGACUUACCCCAAAUCACCCAGUCAGUCAGCUCUGUAGCUGAGUGAGGUUUCAAACUCAAUUCUCUCCAGUGAGUUUAAUGUAGAGAAAUCUGGGGAAAAAACCCUUAAGUCCAGGAAAUGAGGAAACAGUGACUUUGCCACAUGUCUAUGAUAAAAUCCUCAACCUGGUUUUAGACUACAACUCCCAUCACUCCUGACUGAUGGGGCUGAUGGGAGUUGUAGUCUAAAACCAGGUUGAGGAUUUUUGUCAUAGAUCUGCCUGUCCUCUCUCCUGCUGAGGCAAUGCCCAGCUUCUGGUAGUCCAAGGCUGGCUGGAUCUAGACACAUGAAAGAAGUGUUUCAGUUAAACGCGUUGCAAACUUUGUAUGAGAAAUCGGGUAAGCAAAAACAGGACUCUGCAGCGCCACCUGGUGUCACAGUGUUAGAAUGUAUAAACAAUGCAUAUAAAGCGUUUUUUUCUUUGCUAAUGUAGUGGAGUCCCAAGUCUCAUAGGCUGGGUCACGACAGACAGUGCUUCAUCUUAAACCUAGAGUUGCUAAGUGGCCAGGGAGAAACCGAAUUUGGGCUGCUUUAGCGCUAUCAGCAACAAGCCUGAAAUCAGCAGGUGGAAGUUUAUCACAGCGUGGAGAUCAGACAAGAUCACCCAAGGUGCCUGGUGCGUUGUCUAUAUCUCAUUGUCUAUACCGUAAUUAUCUCAGCCCUGAACACAAAAGCAAAAGGUCGCGAAUUACCAAAUUAUUUCAGCCCCUGUUUAUUGCUAGGAACACAUUCCAGCCUACAGCUGGAACUGAGGCCAACUAAAGACAACUGUGCUGGACCUAAAAUGUAAAUGCAAUUUAAAAAUGAGACAUAUAUAUCCAGCAGGUUAGUUCCAUUUCUCGUUCUUCUUCCUCGUGGUUUUCGUCUGUUAGUUUACCUGGGAGGCAAACGUGGAGGUUUUCUGUACAGUGUUCCUAAUUACCAUAUGAAAACUGAAUGCUUUAGGGUGCCACCAUAUGCUGCUUAGGCGAGUCUUUUAAAGCAAUUAAAAUAACAUUUUUUCAGAAGCCGCUUUUUUCUUCACCAGGGAAAAACCAAUAAACUAAUACAGAGCCAUGCAGAACAUGAGGUUCAGUGGCCUGCCACUGUAGUUCCUCCUGGGUAAAGACAUGGCUGGCUGCACCUCUUGAAACCCACACAACCACCAGUUCUGUGCCAGGAAAAUCCAGGUUUACUCAAACCUAUAAGUGGCUGGCAAGCAGGCUUUUUUGUGCUAAGUUUGCAGCAUGUUUUUAAUAAUAAUAAUAUUUUUAUUUGUACCCCAGCCAAAUCAUAAAAGAGGUGAUUUUGCAUGACUAUAAGCAGUGCUUUUUUUUUUCAAGAAAAAAACCACGGCAUGCUGUCUCUCUAGCUGGUUUGGGGGGGUCACCCCUGGUUCUGGUGCAGGUCAAAUAAAUGCACCUCUGCCUCCUCCGAGAUUCAGGAGGAUGGCUAGAGCAGCUCAGAAGGCCCCUUGCAGAAACCUGUGUGUGUGCAACGAUAGAGGCCUUGCUGCAAAGCUUAAAGCCUGCCGCUGCUACAUGAGAUAUGGAUUGAAGAAAAGGAAAUAUGAAUUGACUCCACCUCACAGCUUGACCAAUCAGGGCUAGGAGCAGUUAGGAGCUAGGUGGACUCACAGAUCUCAAAAAACAACAAGUCUAGACUCGCACAUGCUGACCAGCUUCUGUUUUGACUUGAAAUGUUUGUUUUGGGCUUCUCGGAAGUACUUAAAAGCAGGACGCAGGCAGAGGGAGCAUCGGCCCGCAAUGGCACCCACUUGAGAGAUGCCAGAACUGCACCCAGGCAUUCUCCAGCUGAAAAAGAAGAAGCACUGACUCUAAGCCAUGGAUGGGGAAUCUUUUUCCGCCAGAGAGCCAUAUGUAACGUUUGGUGGCCACGUUCAAGUGAUGGAUGGGGCCAGAAGCAAAAUGGAGUAAUGAAUAUACAGUGGUACCUUGGUUCUCAAACGUAAUCCAUCCCAGGAGUCCGUUCGACUCCUGAGACGGUUCCAAAACCAAGGUGCAGCUUCCGAUUGGCCGCAGGAGCUUCCUGCACUCAAUCGGAAGCUGCAUCAGUCGUUCAGCUUCCGAAAAAUGUUGGGAAACCGGAACACUCACUUCCGGGUUUGUGGCAUUCGGGAGCCAAUUUGUUCAAGAACCAAACCGUUUCAGUACCAAGGUACCACCGCACAUAGUACAGCAGGAUACAGUGGUGCCUCGCAAGACGAAAUUAAUCCGUUCCGCGAGUCUCUUCGUCUUGCGGUUUUUUCGUCUUGCGAAGCACGGCUAUUAGCGGCUUAGCGGCUAUUAGCGGCUUAGCGGCUAUUAGCGGCUUAGCGGCUAUUAGCGGCUUAGCGGCUAUUAACGGCUUAGCGGCUUUAAGAAAAAGGAAACAAACUCGCAAGAACUCGCAAGACGUUUCGUCUUGCGAAGCAAGCCCAUAGGGAAAUUCGUCUUGCGGAACGACUCAAAAAACGCAAAACCCUUUCGUCUAGCGAGUUUUUCGUCUUGCGAGGCAUUCGUCUUGCGGGGCACCACUGUAGUUUCUGCAACACACCCUUCUCUAUCCUUUGUGCAGGCAAGAAGGAGGCAUUAUCAGAGUUCAAGGAUAUAUUCCACCCAGGGAAAAACAUUGAAGGAAGGUGCAAAGUCGGGUUUGUGAGAGCCAAAGCAUGGAGAGAAGGGUUGUGGUUUGGAGUACUAAUGGUCUUGGAGGGGCACAUUUGGGCCCCCGAGUUUGAGUUUCCGCACCCUUGGUUUAAGUGAUCUAAGCAUGGAGGUUCAGUCUGGGCAGAAUUUAGCAUUUGGGAGCGGGAGCAACGAUGUGGUAGGAAGACAGGUCUAAUCUGAUGUGUAGUAGUGUGGAGAUGUGAAGGGGAAAGAAUAAGCCAAUGCAAGUUGCUCCAGCUGUCUGUAAAACGGUGCCCCUGGCAGAGAGGAAGCCAAGUCCCAUUAGCAUUGAUAGAGCAGCAAAUUAAAUGGAUCAGAGUCCCUGUAGAACGGACGCAGCCGCAUCGACUCUUUCCAUGAAAAUGGCACAUUAUAGCUGUCUCGCACUUUGCAUUGGGUGGAGGCAGAAGACAUUGAGACAUAGUGUUGUAAACAAAAUCUGCCCUAUUCCCUUAUGGGGGACACAAGAGCCCUUAGAGUCCUUUGUAGGUUCUCCAUCGGUAGGAGAAAAGAACAGAGGCCAACCAGAGAAUAUUGAGAAGCAAAGCAGCUAGUAAGCCUGAUCUUUAUUGAAGCUGUUGCAACAGGGUGCUCCCCUCACACACAGCGGAGGAGCAGAGGAGGACCCAGAACAAAGGUGUGCCUGCCCUUAUAUAGACAUUUUAAAUUCCCUGCCCUGGAGCUCAAGACCACCCCUCCAUACAUCAUAAAUACAGUACAGAAGGGCUGUAACCCAAGACCACCCCCCCACAAACAUCAUACCUACAUCACAGAAAAGGCGGUCUGCAACAGAAAUCUGAGUGCGCUGUUUAUCUCCUGUCUGGCAAGUUACCUGAUUGCCUUACCGAUUGCAUUUUCUGGGAGUCUGGCCAUUCCUUUCAGAUGGUAACCACUUAAUUCCUGAGACAAUGGGAAGGUUCCCUCACCCCCACCCUCCUGGCAGAGAAACAUUUGGUCAGAUUGGGAGUCAAAAUGGUUUCAGGACUGUCUUCCUGUGCUGCUUCAGACAUGUAUGUGGUUUAUACAUUUAUGUACUUGUUUGCUUGGUACAUUUAUGAACAUUUAUUAUAUAUAUAAGACCUUAAAAUUUUAUUACAAUAGGAAGGUGGCCAAUACAGAGUCCAUCUAGCUCAGAAUUGUCUGCCCUGAUUGGCUGGGGCUCUCCAGGUUUCAAGCAGGGGUCUCUCCCUCCCGGCUUCAGCAGGAGAUGCCAGGGGUUGAUCUUUUGCCUGCCAGGUGUGCAUGCACAUUCAUUCAUCUCACAUGAAGCUGCCUGAAGCUUGCGCUGUCCCUUCCUUCUUUUCCACCCUGUGCCCAUCUGUCUUGGGCACAGGACUUUGCCAAUACCUCCCACCUGAUCCAUUUAGCUGCAGAUGCAGUGGAAGCGCACCUGGGACCUUCAAAGCAUGUUCAUAACAUAUGAGCUGUGAAGGCCUCGGCUUCUGCAUAGCUUCUAAGAUACUGGCCUUGUAGGCAAUUCGUUUGGAUGGUUUUGCAGAAAUAGCUGGUAUAAGGGCCACCCUACAAAUGUGGGGUACGUGUGAAGAGUAUGCGUGCAUGGAUCUCAAGCGCACACAGCCAGUACGUUUCCGAGCACAAUUCAAAGUGUUGGUGCUGACCUUUAAAGCCCUAAAUGGCCUCGGUCCAGUAUACCUGAAGGAGCGUCUCCACCCCCAUCAUUCUGCCCAGACACUGAGGUCCAGCACCGAGGACCUUCUGGCGGUUCCCUCGCCAAGUUACAGGGAACCAGGCAGAGGGCCUUCUUGGUAGUGGCACCCGCCCUGUGGAACACCCUCCCACCAGAUGUCAAAGAGAAGAACAACUACCGGACUUUUAGAAGACAUCUGACGGCAGUCCUGUUUAGGGAAGCUUUUCAUGUUUAAUAGACUAUUGUAUUUUAAUAUUCUGUUGGAAGCUGCCCAGGGUGGCUGGGGAAACCCAGCCAGAUGGGUGGGGUAUAAAUAAUAAAUUAUUAUUAUUAUAUUAUGAUUAGGUGGAGAGCUCUGGAGAAAGCAAAAAGGUAUCUAGUCAACCACCUGGCAUGAUGUAGGGUGAUUUAUCCAGCCACUCCUCACAGCUACAGCUUCUAAUGUGUCACCUGCAAGAGAUCAGGUAGACUAUAGAGGAGAAUUGCAGAAGAGCUAAGAACUUCAGCAAGUGAGAUAUGCUUCCCGCUACAGGGCCAAGGGUACUCCAGGCCCCCGGAAGUCUACCUUGGGUUUUAAAAAUAAGAUAGGCAUAUAUAGCAGAGUUAAAAGCUAGAGAGGUGGAGCUACCAGUCUCCCCAGCCCCUGUUCUGCCACAUUCACACAUCAAACACACAGAAGUCCCAUUGGUAAUGAAGAAAAGGUUCUUGCCAUUUCUUCAACUUUACGAGGAUGGAAUUGGAUUCUAAGCCUACAAGGUGGGAGUUGGUUAAUCAUGGCUGCAUCGUGAGAAAGGGUGGGGGGGAGCGGGAAUUUGGCAAGAAUGUGUAUUUUCCCUGACUGUCAUUAGCCUCAACCCUGCCCUCUGCUGGGCUUAAGCUUGCAGCUUACACAUAUUUAACUUGUGCACAUGCAGUUUUACGUGUUUGGGGGAAAUAUAAUUAAAAAUGGUGCUGAAAGGGGCCCACAUCUGGGGGGGGGGAGAGGGAAGGCUUUGGCAAUCCCACCUGCCAUUAAACCCAAUGUGUCUUGACUACAGUGUAACCUUGUGUUAUGUACCGUCCCCUUGCAAACACGUUGCGAGCUCUGCUAACCCAGAAGUAGAUGCUCCCGGUUGCGACUUUCGCCCCAGGAUGCGAGCGGAAGUCGCAUGCCGGCAGCGUGGCAGCAGCGGGAGGCUCCAUUACUGAAACGCGCCACAUGUUACGAGCGGUUUCGGGUUACAAACGGACCUCUGGAAUGGAUUGAGUUCGUAACCGGAGGUACCACUGUGUACACAAUUUGGGCUUUAGGUGCAAUCCCCGGAACAUAACCCCUGUGUAAGUUGCUGGCUUACUGUAUGCAACGAUCUAGAAGUGCCAGUUAGGAUUGUAGGAUUGCUCUGGGAUUCACAGGGUCAUCUAAAAAUACGCACCACCCUUCAGCAACCAACUCAGCUGCUAGAGCUAUGAAUGGCCACCUAUAGGUAGGCGGUUCAUAGCAAUUGCUAAACCAAUGGUUAUGUUUUCUUGCCUUCUUUCUUUUUUAUAUAAAAAACUGCAGGAGCCAUCAUUUCCUUGGAAUAUUCUGCUGGUUUUGAGAUCGAGGUGUAUCAGAACAGAAUACUCCACACAUUUCUCAGUUUGGUAUGUUGCUCCUGUUCUUAGAGCUGCACGUGGUUUAAGUGGGGCUGGAGGCCCUCAGUCCACCUGGGAGAAAUCAGUAUUGCCACUACAAAACAAAAACUUGAGAAUGGGAAGAGACAGUUUGGAGACCGGAGUCAUAUGCAUCUGGCUGAUAUGGGUCCAGCUAACUGCCCCAGCUGACCCACAAUUGUUGGUUCUGACUGACUUUGUAUAUUACCCGUCAACAGUACCCUCAGGACACAGAAAUGACAAAACAUACAACGGAAGUCACACUGUCAUCCUAUAAUAGCUUCAAAAUAUAGCUAAAGAUAAGCAAUUAGCAAACAUCGAGAAUCCAUCCCAGAUAUAAUAAUAGCGCAGCAGUUCUCAACCUGUGGGUCCCCAGAUGUUGUUGGACUACAACUCCCAUCAUCCCUGAGCUCUGGCCUUGCUAGCUAGGGGUGAUAGGAGUUGUAGUUCAACAACAUCUGGGGACCCACGGUUGAGAAAGGCUGUAAUAGGGGAUAAUAUUUCCCAGGCCACACCUCUUUCCCAGGCCACACCCCUCACCAGCCUUGCCUUGCAUCCUUCCCAAAUGUUUUUGCCUGGCGGGAAUGUGUCCUUGAGCUCUGAUCGGGUCUUGCUUGUCUGGAUGGAGGAUAGAGAGGGUUGUGCAAAUGCAUGUAGAAACUACUAGGCUACCUUAGAAAGAUUAAAAUUUACAUUGGUCUCUCCGCCCACUUUCCCACCUGGCUCUUCCCACCUCUGGCACGUGGCCCCCAGAAUGUUGUCCAUGAUGGAAUGUGGCCCUUCAGCUGAAAAAGUUUCCCGCCUCCUGCUGCAGAGGCUGGGGAAGGGGAGCUGCUUUUGAUGAGGGCAACCAGCCAUGCUUCUUGCUUUUCAGAUGGAAGGCAAGAGGCAAUGUAGUAUUCUACAACUGCAAUUAUUUGUUUUGCUGAAAGGCAAUGGGUAAGGGUAGAUCUUUAAAUUCUGGGUACAGAAAUGUCUCAUCACAGCCUGCCAACAUGCGGACGAUAUGAUUAUCAGUUUCAACAACACAUUAAAGGGCUAAAAAGACUAGUGCAAUUCUUGCAGUGUCCAGAUUGCAAGACGUCAUGCUGCAUUCUUUAUUUGGACCAGCCUCACCUGGAGUCCUGUGUGUCCAGUUCUGGGCAGCCCAGUUUUAAGAAGGAUAUUGGAAGGUGUUUUAGAGGAGAGGAAAAGACAUGUCUAGGAGACCACAGCUGAAGGACCUGGCUAUAUUUAACCUGGCGAGGAGAUGAUUAAGAGGUGAUGUGAUGGCCAUCUACAAAUAUCUGAAGGGCUAUGACAUAGAAGAUGCAGGAAAUUUUCAUUUCUGCUCCUCUAGAGGACAAGACCCAAAACUACAAGUAAAGGGGUGAGGAUGUUCAAUACUGUAAUAGACUAUUUGGGAAGGUGGUGAAAUUUCCUUCAUUUUUAAGCAGAUGCACAAUGGACACAUUUUCAGUAGUGGACUUCCUAGUCCAGCAGAGCUUUGAUGCCUCUGCCAACUUUAUGACUCUGUGGUGAAGGUUUAGGUAUGGGACUUAAUCUAGCACCCAUCAUUCCUGAGAUGAGGAGCAGCUGAGAUGGGGUGAUACUUGCUUUCCGUGCCAAACAAUUCCCGAGUUCAUCUCUUGCCACGUCCAAUUAAAAUCGCUGGGAAAGACCUUUGUCCAAGACUGUGGUGAAUGUGGCCAGUCAGGGAAAAAGACAGUGGAGGUGCAAAUAGACCACUGUCCUCACUCAAUCACCUUCCUAUUACAGUGGUACCUUGGUUCUCAAACUUAAUCCUUUCCGGAAGUCUGCUCCAAAACCAAAGUGUUCCAAAACCAAGGCACGCUUUCCCAUAGAAAGUAAUGCAAAACAGAUUAAUCCAUUCCAGACUUUUAAAAACAACCCCUAAAACAGCAAUUUAACAUGGAUUUUACUAUCUAACGAGACCAUUGAUCCAUAAAAUGAAAGCAAUAAUCAAUGUACUGUACUAUAAAAUAAAACAGUAUUGUAGAUGAUAAAAAUUUAAAAAAAUUCUUACCUGCACUGAUGAUAGUCAUUGCUUGGAUAGGGGGCUUUUAUCCAUUUCCACAGUCACACAAUCAAUCAAUCAAUCAAUCAAUCAGUAGCUGAACUAGGAUCCACACAGUCACAAAAUCAAAUUAACUGAAAAAGUCUCAAAACAAAAAAACGCAAAAUAGAUAGCAAAAACAAAAGCACCAAAUAUAAUCUCCAAAUAUCACCUCAGAACACUGCAAUCGGAAAUGGAACGCUUGAAUUACAAUGGGGGGGGCACAAAUUAGCAGCGCAACAGGAAACACAGGGGGACUCAAAACGGAGCAUGUUUGGCUUCCGAAAAAGGAUUUGAAAACUGGAACACCUACUUCCAGUUUUGCAGCGUUCAGGUUCCAAGUUGUUCGUGAACUAAGCUGUUUGAAAACUGAGGUCCCACUGUACAGAGAUUCUACCGGGCACACCACAGCAGACAUGGUGACCGGGUUCCGUGUGUUGUUUGUGUUUUGCAAAGCCCAAGAACGCAGGAAUUCAGGUGGCUGUGUCAAAGGUGCGUGAGCGGCAGACUUUCCUGAGAACGAUACCGCGUAGCUCAGCCUCGUUCAUCCAGAUUGUACUGGUCGACAACAGGACCGGAUCUGAGACGGGGACUCAAGCCGAGCAACUGGCCCAGGACAUCGUGAAGGAUAUCGCAGAGCAUGGUAAGGCUUGCCAGCCCCUUGCUGCUUCAGAUCCUUGUUCCGUUGGUCUUGUGUGAAGCCUCCAACGCUAGGGUAAAGCAUUUUGCCCUGGGCAGCAAUCUGUGCCUUGAUGGUGUGGCAGGGAUGUGCGGAUUUGUGGCUUUCAGUUUCUCUCAAGUUCAGUUCUCUACAUUUCUGCAUGACUUACAAUAAUAAUUUAUAAUAAUAAUUUUGUUAUUUAUACCUCACCAAUCUGGCUGGGUUUCCUCAGCCACUCUGGCUGGCUUACAGUACAUAUAAAAACAUAGUACAGUAGUACCUCGGGUUAAGUACUUAAUUCGUUCCGGAGGUCCGUACUUAACCUGAAACUGUUCUUAACCUGAAGCACCACUUUAGCUAAUGGGGCCUCCUGCUGCCGCCGCGCUGCCAGAGCCCAAUUUCUGUUCUUAACCUGAAGCACUAUUUCUAGGUUAGCGGAGUGUGUAACCUGAAGCAUAUGUAACCCGAGGUACCACUGUAAAAUGUAAAACAUUAAAAACUUCCUGAUACAGGACUGCCUUCAGAUGUCUUCUAGAAGUUGUGUACAGUGGUGCCUCGCAAGACGAAAUUAAUUCGUUCUGCGAGUUUUUUCGUCUAGCGAAUUUUUCGUCUUGCGAAGCACGAAAUCCCAUAGGAAUGCAUUGAAAUUCAAUUAAUGCGUUCCUAUGGUCAAAAAAAGUCCAAUCAAAGCCAAAUUUGGUACAACAAGAGUUUAUUAACUGCUCUUUAAAGUCACACAUACUUUAAAGAGCAUAUCAAAAUUGAAGGAACAAUAAAUUAAGUUUCUAAACAUGACAGGAAAACAUUUAAAAAUCAAAAAAGGGUACAUUACAUUUUCUAAGACUCUGGGGGACCACUCGAAGAAGGUUCCUCUUCCACUCUUUGCUUCUUGCUGAGGAACCUGUCCAUGGUCUGCUGCUUCAUCCGCCUUUUCAGCAGCUCCCUGAGAGGUGACAUGACCGUCGUAUCAAAAAUGUUCGCUUGGUCAUGUGCCACGUGCUUGUCAGGGUGGUGCCGCUCUGCAAAAGCCUGCACCUCAUUCCACUUCUGGCAAAUGUCCCUCAGUUCUUUGGAGGACAGCCGUUCCUCAGUUGCUUCCUCCUCUUCCAGCAAGGCCUGCUCCUGAACAACCUCUGACUGAAGUUCAACCAGCUCCUGGGUGGUCAGCUCGUGGUCGUGCUCCUCCACCAGCUCGCAAAUGUCCUCCUCUGUGACCUCCAGGCCCAUGGUCCUCCCCAAGGCAACAAUGUCCUGCACCACUGUCGACUCUGGUGCAUCAGAGUCACUUGGUGCCACACAGUCCGGCCACAGGCUGCGCCAAGCGCAAUUCAAAUUCCUCUGGCUGAUCCCCUUCCAGGCCGUGGUGAUCAUCUUCAAGCAGGUGACGAUGUCGAAGUGGUCCUUCCAGAAUUCCCGCAGGGUGAUGGUGGUGCAAUCAGUCACCUCGAAGCAUCGCCUGAAAAGCUCCUUGGUGUAGAGUUUCUUGAAAUUGGCGAUGACCUGCUGAUCCAUCGGCUGGAGCAGUGGCGUGGUGUUAGGCGGCAGGAACAUGAUGUUGAUGAAGCUGAACUCCUCCAACAAGUCCACCUCAAGGCCUUUAGGAUGAGCAGGAGCAUUGUCCAUCAGAAGCAAAGCCUUCAGCGGCAGGUCGUUGUCCAGCAGGUACUGUUUGACAGCAGGGCCAAAGGCAAGAUUGACCCAGUCCACAAACAGCACACGUGUGACCCAAGCCUUGCUGUUGGAUCGCCACAUGACACUCAGCCGCUCCUUGUUGACGGUCCUUCAUGGGCUUGUGGCCAGGCAACUUGGCCUCCUCCUGUGUGAUGAAAGUCCUUUUGGGCAUCCUCUUCCAAAACAGCCCGGUCUCGUCGCAGUUGAAGACCUGCUGUGGAACGUAGCCCUCCGUCUUCACAACCUCCAGGAGCUCCAAGGCAAAGUCUUCAGCCGCAGGAACAUCAGAACUGGCAGCCUCUCCAUGCCUGACCACGCUGUGGAUUCCGGAUCUUGCCUUGAACUGGUCAAACCAGCCUCUGCUUGCCUUGAAGACUUCUGGCUCAGCCGAGGUUCCUGGCUGUUCCCGGAUGAGGUCUGUGUGCAAGGCCUUGGCCUUCUCACAAAUCACGGCCUCAGUCACUGUGUCCCCUGCACGCUGCUUCUCUUCUAUCCAGAUGAGGAGCAACUUCUCGACCUCCUCCAGAACAGCUGGGCGGUUCUUCACGAUCCUGGUGACUCCCUUGGCUGCAUCAGUCGCAAGGAUCUUCUCCCUCAUCUUCAGGAUGGUCCCGAUGGUCGAUGGGUUCCUGCCGUACUCCCUGGCGAGGUCCGUCACACGCAUUCCACCGUCGUGCUUCCGGAUGAUCUCCUUCUUCAUCUCCAGCGUCACCUUCUCCUUCUUCCUCUCGCCGGCCUCCGCAGCAGCAGCAGUCUUCUUGGGUCCCAUGGCAGCACAGCUGUUACCUUUGUAAAACUCAGAAAAGAAAAAAAAUCAGCAAUUCAAACCCACAACCAAGUCCUUGAAUUCCAAACACCCAACCCAAAAUCCAAAACCCCAAAAAAAGUUUUAAAAGUUUAACUUACGAAAUGGCUGCAAAUCACCAAAGUCUUCAAAAUCCUCAAAUGGCUGCAAAAGAAGUUUUGGGAAAGCUUUAAAAAUCACCAAAGUCUUCAAAAACCUCAACUGUUCCCCCAGCCCCUCCCCAACUGUUGCAAACCCCUCCCCAACUGUUGCAAACCCCUCCUCAACUGUCCCCCAGCCACCCAGCACACAGAAAGUCAAAACCCAGAAAAUUUUUCAAAAAAAACAACAUGGCCCAAUGGUUACAGAAAACCAUAAAAAUUCAAAAAAGCACACAAGCUCCCAGAUUCCUGCAAACCCCUCCUCAACUGUUCCCCAGCCACCCAGCACACAGAAAUUCAAAACCCAGAAAAUUUUUCAAAAAAACAACAUGGCCCAAUGGUUACAGAAAACCAUAAAAAUUCAAAAAAAAGCACACAAGCUCCCAGAUUCCUGCAAACCCCUCCUCAACUGUUCCCCCAGCCACCCAGCACACAGAAAUUCAAAACCCAGAAAAUAUUUCAAAAAAACACACCAUGGCCCAAUGGUUACAGAAAACCAUAAAAAUUCAAAAAAAGCACACAAGCUCCCAGAUUCCUGCAAACCCCUCCUCAACUGUUCCCCCAGCCACCCAGCACACAGAAAUUCAAAACCCAGAAACUUUUUCAAAAAAACAACAUGGCCCAAUGGUUACAGAAAACCAUAAAAAUUCAAAAAAAAGCACACAAGCUCCCAGAUUCCUGCAAACCCCUCCUCAACUGUUCCCCCAGCCACCCAGCACACAGAAAUUCAAAACCCAGAAAAUUUUUCAAAAAACAACAACAUGGCCCAAUGGUCACAGAAAAUCAUAAAAAUUCAAAAAAAACCCACACAAGCUCCCAGAUUCUUGCAAACACCUCCCCAGCUGUUCCCCCAUCCACCCAGCACACAGAAAUUUAAAACCCAGAAAUUUUUUUAUAAAAAACUCAUCAUGGCCCAAUGGUCACAAAAAAUCACAAAAAUUCAAAAAAAACCACACAAGCUCCCAGAUUCUUGCAAACACCUCCCCAGCUGUUCCCCCAGCCACCCAGCACACAGAAAUUUAAAACCCAGAAAUUUUUUUCAAAAAAAACCCAACAUGGCCCAAUGGUCACAGAAAAUCAUAAAAAUUCAAAAAAAACCACACAAGCUCCCAGAUUCUUGCAAACACCUCCCCAGCUGUUCCCCCAUCCACCCAGCACACAGAAAUUUAAAACCCAGAAAUUUUUUUCAAAAAACACAACAUGGCCCAAUGGUCACAAAAAUCACAAAAAUUCAAAAAAACCACACAAGCUCCCAGAUUCUUGCAAACACCUCCCCAGCUGUUCCCCAUCCACCCAGCACACAGAAAUUCAAAAUUCAAAGCCAGAUUUUUUUUAAAAAAAAUAAACAUGGCCCAAUGGUCACAGAAAAUCAUAAAAAUGCAGAAAAAACCACACAAGCUCCCAGAUUCUUGCAAACCUCUCCCCAACACCAAGUCCUUGAAUUCUAAACACCCCAACCCAAAAUCCAAAAAACCCAAAAAAAGUUUUAAAAGUUUAACUUACCAAACAGCUGCAGAAGAAGUUUUGGAAAAGCUUCAAAAAUCCAGCAAACUCUUGAAAAAAGCUCAGAAAGGCCACCCCACCACGUGCAAUGUGUUGCUCCUCGAGGUCAAGUCGCAACAGCACCUCUUCCAGCAAUGCACCCUGGGUUUUAAUGGUUUUACGAAAAGGAAACAAACUUGCAAGACGUUUCGUCUUGCGAAGCAAGCCCAUAGGGACAUUCGUCUUGCGAAGCAACUCGAAAACGAAAAAACCUUUCGUCUUGCGAGUUUUUCGUCUUGCGAGGCGUUCGUCUUGCGGGGCACCACUGUAGUUCUUUAUCUCCUUGGCCUCUGCUGGGAGGGCAUUCCACAGGGAGGGCAUCACUGCCGAGAAGCCCCUCUGCCUCGUUCCCUGUAACCUCACUUUUCACAGUGAGGGAACCACCAGAAGACCCUCAGAGGAAGACCUCAGUGUCCAGGCUGAGUGAUGGGGGUGGAGAUGCUCCUUCAAGUAUACUGGGCCGAGGUAUGAAAUGAGCAAAACAGCAGCGACCCUUUACAUGUAUUACAAGCCAGGAGAGAGAACUCACUGCAGGAAAAUGGUUCCAUGCUAUUAUCAUGUUUCUGUCCCUUCAUGUCCCUUCAUUAAAACACAGGCCACACUUCACAAAAGAACCCUUGUUUGUUUCCUCAUGAAAACCCACCAGGUGUGAAUUUCUCAUUUGGAAUGUCAUUUUGGUUGCCUAACCAUUUCUGCAAGCCGUUUUCCCUAAAAUAAUGCAUUGUGUGUGUGAUUUUUAGCUAAUCUAUGUUUUGGUUUUGGGGUUUUUUUGGCACACUGUCCCCUAAUAUACACAUUUUAGUACACAUUAUUUGAUCAGGGAACUGCAUCAUGACAUUCAAUGAUUUUUGAAUCUUGAAGCAUGGCUGUGUUUCGGUUCAGACAUAUUGUUACAGGAAGUGUGAAUUAGGUAAAAUGCUAACCAAAUUGGGUUUAUCCCCCAUAUCUGUGGAGGGGCCAUAGCAGGAGGUCUCAGGAUCAAUCCCUGGCGUCUCCAGGUUAAAGCAUCAGGUAACAGGUGAUGGGAAAGUCCCUUUGCCAAAGAUCUGGAUGAGUGGCUGCCUUGUAGCAGGUCAAAUCUAGCCCAGUGCUCUUUAUCUGAGCAAUACUAGGUGUGACGAACAAAAUAUUCUGGUUUGUUUUGAGGCAGCCUUUUGCACAUCUCCUUCAAGGCCAUACACUGAGAGACCACCACAACAGCUGUGUGUGCAUGGGAGCAUUUUCUGGCUCUGGGGUUGCUCAUGCAAAGCUGAGCAUGCCAGAGGCAGUACAUGAAACAUUACUCGAGGCACGGCUUCAAAUGUACUGUGCAGUCUUUAGCAUCCUUCCAUUGUGUGGAUUUGUCAAGCAUUGCUUCUCAGUUUUGCCCUGCCUCCACAUCAUUUACACACAGCUGGGUUGUGGAACCUAAUAAUAAUAAUAAUAAUAAUAAUAAUAAUAAUAAUAAUAAUUAUUAUUAUUAUUAUUAUUAUUAUUUAUACCCUGCCCUUCCCAGCCAAGGCCGGGCUCAGGGCAGCUAACAAGCAAUAAUAAAAACAAGUUGAAUGAAUACAACUUAAAAACAAGAUUAAAAUACAACAAUUAAAAUAUUGAAACAUUAAAAUGUUAAAAUGUUAAAAUGCAGCCUCAUCACAGGAGGAGAAAGGAAAAAGAAAAAAGAAAGAGGGGGAGGGGAGGGAAUCAAAUUGGCUCCAAGCCAAAGGCCAGGCGGAACAACUCUGUCUUACAGGCCCUGCGGAAAGAAAUCAGAUCCUGCAGAGCCCUGGUCUCAUGAGACAGAGCGUUCCACCAGGCCGGAGCCAGAGUUGAAAAGGCCCUGGCUCUGGUUGAAGCCAAUCUAACUUCCUUAGGACCCGGGACCACUAGGGUGUUGCUAUUUAUGGACCUUGAGGCUCUCCGUGGGGCAUACCGGAGAGGCGGUCCCGUGAAGGGCUUUAAAGGUCAAAACCAGGACCUUAAACCUGACCCUGUACUCCACCGGGAGCCAGUGCAGCUGGAAAAGCACUGGGCGAAUAUGCUCCUAUGGCAGAGACCCUGUGAGGAGCCUCACUGCAGCAUUCUGCACCCGCUGGAGUUUCUGGGACAGCUUCAAGGGCAGCCCCGCGUAGAGCGAAUUACAGUAGUCAAGCCUGGAGAUGACCGUCGCAUGGAUCACUGUGGCCAGGGUGGGGCUAAAAACACAAAGAGCAACUGCCUUAGACCAUGGGUAGGCAAACUAAGGCCCAGGGGCUGGAUGCGGUCCAAUCGCCUUCUAAAUCCAGCCCACGGACGGUCCAGGAAUCAGCAUGUUUUUACAUGCGUAGAAUGUGUCAUUUUAUUUAAAAUGCAUCUCUGGGUUAUUUGUGGGACAUAGGAAUUCAUUCAAUUCCCCCCCCCAAAAAAAAUAUAGUCCAGCCCCCCACAAGGUCUAAACGCAAAAUAAAUAGCAAAAACAAAAGCACCAAAUAUAAUCUCCACGUCCCGCUUUCAAAAGAAAGUUCGAAAACCAAAACACCUACUUCUGGUUUUGCAGCGUUCAGGUUCCAAGUUGUUCGUGAACUAAGCUGUUCUAAAACCAAGUUACCAUUGUACAGUGCUAAUGUGCCCAUGGAAAUAACAUUGCAGUGGCAGCACCAAUUCUGUCUGGUAUAAGCAAAUCAGCAAUAGAAGAAUGAUGGGGGCAGCAGGUAGAAUUGAGUCAUUUGCUGUCUAGCAGAAAAUGGAUCAUUUACUCCAUGCAAACUAAUUGGACACCUCAUCAGGGCGGUAACAUUUUGUUUGGCUUUUGCAGGAGUGCCGUUUGGCAUUGCAGUGAGGACCCUGCAUGCAGCCACUGGCAGUAACAGGAGUACUCAAGAGGCUGGUGCUACAAUUGCUGGGACAGUCGUUGUUCUGUUCCUUGUCUUGCUGCUCUUGGGAGCUGCCCUGCUACUCUACAGAAAAGGGACUUUAAGGUAACAGGACUGGGCUACAUAUUCAGUAUGUGGUAUGGUAUUUCAGGAACUGUAUGUACCAUGGGAGAGCACACAUAAAUGCUCCUCUGCAAUUUUUUAUUUUUUAAAAAAAUUCUUGCAUGUAGAAAACAAGCAUGUCAGGAAGAAGGCAAGGUUGGAAUUUUGCCCCUUGGCAUGCUAGGUUUUGAUAGGAUCUCAGUGCAAAGUAGUGUCCAUCAUUCUCCAGCAAUCAUAUCUGUUGCUCUCCCAUUUUAGUACAAAAGUUCAUCAUUCAGUAUGAAAACAAAAACUCCCAUGGAGCUGGCCUUGUGUCAGGAGCGAGCCAGCAAUAAAUCACAAGGAGUAAGUUAAGUUAACUCACUAUUAAAAGAAACAAGGCCUGCUCAGGAGUGUCAGGCCUAAAGAGCACAGCAACUUUUCUUCGUAGGUCUUGCCCCUAUGAGGCAGUUGUGGAGGCUGAAGAUCUCUACCUUCCCUGAGCUGCCGAAGUCUCUUCUUCCCCUGAGUCCUUUCCAAGUCAUCUGAGACUAUGCCAGUGCGCCUGUCUCUGCUUCUCCCUCUUCAUACUUCUCCUGGUCCUGGGAGACCAGGGGAGAGGGGAGCCUUCUAAACUAAAAAUUCCCAAAUGGUAUAACAUUCCUCAUAGGGAAGUUACUCCAACCCCAGAGUGGCUGGGGCAACCCAGUCAAAUGGGUGGGGUACAAAUAAUAAACGUUGUUGUUGUUGUUGUUGCUCUUUUGUGAACCUCUUCCAGCUCUACAAUAUCCUUGUUGAGUUGACCAGAACUGUACACAGUAUUUCAAGUGUAAUCACACAUGGAUCUCUAUAAUGGUAUUCUGGCAUUGGCAGUUUUGCAUGCAUAUAUAUAUAGUCGUUUAGUUGUUUCCGACUUUUCAUGACCCCAUGGACCAGAGCAUGCCAGGCACUCCUGUCUUCCAUUGCCUCCCACAAUUUGGUCAAACUCAUGCUGGUAGCUUCGAGAACACUGUCCAACCAUGUCGUCCACUGUCAUCCCCUUCUCCUUGUGCCCUCCAUCUUUCCCAACAUCAGGGUCUUUUCCAGGGAGUCUUCUCUUCUCAUGAGGUGGCCAAAGUAUUGGAGCCUCAGCUUCAGGAUCUGUCCUUCCAGUGAGCACUCAGGGCUGAUUUCCUUCAGAAUGGAUAGGUUUGAUCUUCUUGCAGUCCAUGGGACUCUCAAGAGUCUCCUCCAGCACCAUAAUUCAAAAGCAUCAAUUCUUUGGUGAUCAGCCUUCUUUAUGAUCCAGCUCUCACUUCCAUACAUCACUCCUGGGAAAACCAUAGCUUUAACUAUACAGACCUUUGUCGGCAAGGUGAUGUCUCUGCUUUUUAAGAUGCUGUCUAGGUUUGUCAUUGCUUUUCUCCCAAGAAGCAGGGGUCUUUUAAUUUUGUGACUGCUGUCACCAUCUGCAGUGAUCAUGAAACCCAAGAAAGUAAAAUCUCUCACUGCCUCCAUUUCUUCCCCUUCUAUUUGCCAAGAGGUGAUGGGCCCAGUGGCCAUGAUCUUAGUUUUUUGAUGUUGAGCUUCAGGCCAUAUUUUGCGUUCUCCUCUUUCACCCUCAUUAAGAGGUUCUUUAAUUCCUCCUCACUUUCUGCCAUCAAAGUUGUGUCAUCUGCAUAUCUGAGGUUGUUGAUAUUUCUUCCGGCAAUCUUAAUCCGGCUUAAUUGCAUACCAUACAUCCCUGCAUAUUUUGCAUGAAUUAAACCAUUCAGUAAUCCAUUGUUACAUCCAUGAAAACUUAUUUACACUGUUGAAUUUGUCUUAAUGCUGCCAGCGUUUUUAAAUGAACACAAUUUUCACCCAUACAUUCAGUAGACAUUUUCCAGUCUUCUCUGAACAUACAUUUUUCUUGUUCUCUUAUUCUAUAUGUUAAAUCUGCAAGCUCUGUGUAUUCCAUCAGUUUAUGUUGCCAUUCUUCUUUGCUUGGGACCUCGCUCGUUUUCCAGGCAGUUUUGCUUUCAGCCCUUUCCUAACCUUCUCUAGCAUGGAAUUGGACCCCUUUUCGCAGCUUCUGCACAACUCAGUAUUGUCUACAUGGGCAGUGGCUCUCCAGGAUCUCAGACAGGGAUCUCCCCCUUCCCUGGAGAUAACUCAGAUUGAACCUGGGACCUCCUGCAUGCAGAGUAGACGCACUAACCAUUGACAGACCCCAGAUCUUCCUAUGCCUAUGCUAUAGGCAGGAGGCGGGUGGAUGGAUGGAGAGAACUUGCCAGGCAGCCCUUUCCUCUGCCCUAGACUGACCUGCUUGCUCAUCGCCGUUCUGCCGUUUCAGUAGACUAUAUAAACACAUGCUGCAGAUAUCCAGUGGGCGUAGUGGUUGGUCACAGUGCGUGUGUGCGUGCCCCUGGCAAGCUUCCAGCUGAAGUCCCAAAUGCUCCUUCUAUGCGCUCUCAGGGGUAAUCUCCGCUCUCGGUGUGUUCCACCAGCUGGCAAACCAAUGCGCCAUGCUCUGUGUGCUUGGGCUGUUCCUGUUCAUUAGUGCUAGCCUUUCCCCCCCCACACACACACCAGGCAGCAAAGCUCCUGGGCCUUGCUUGUUUUCCCUGCUAGUGUCAAGCUGAUUAGCAUUUCCCAGCAAUAAAACAGGAGCUUCGUUUAAUUUCUAAAUAAAACUCCAAACUUCCGUUGCUGAGAAUAUAGCAUGCAUUUCCCUGUGGUGUGGAUUUGGAAACCGGGUUUUCUAUUGAGACAAAAUGUCCUCUCUCUCUCCCUCUCCCUCCUUUUUUUUAAAGGCAGGAGGUGUUUGGAGGAAAUCUUUUUGUAAAUAGAGGAUCAGAGCAACCAGGCAAGGAACCUUCCUGUUCUGUGCCUAUUUGCAUUAUCGGUUGUCCUGGGAAAAUGUUCUUUGAAGUCACUACAGCCUGUUGGUUUGUGGCUAUAAUCAGGUGGUGAGUAAGAGAGUGAAUUGAGUUUGAAAUGGUCAACAACUCGAGAGGAGACAAGGGUCUCUUGACUCAUUUCUCCUUAUCCCAGGUUAAGCAAUCAUGUAAGUUAUGGGACUGUCAUCAUCAAUGGUGUUUCAGUUUCAUGGUCCCUUGUUCAAACAUACACACUAUAUAUACACCCAGUGCUUUUUUUCGGGGGGAGGGGGGGUUGCGUAAGGGUACGCAUACCCCUAAACAUUUUGUGAAUCUAACGGGAGAAGAAUCUUAAAAAAAUAAUUUUUUUAGUUUCUUCUCUAGCACUGUGAAUCGCCAGUUCCGUUGCUACCCCCAAUGGCAGCCUCAUUUCCUCUCAUGGUGUUCCUGAGUCUCAGACAGAAGCGAGCGUUUAAUGUGUGAAGCAGUGUGGAAUGUGGAUGUGUGGUGUUUUACUGAUGAAAGUUUGGCCUCAUUGAGGGGCAGUAUUUCAAUAUGAGUAGGAAAAUUACCAACUAUUUUUCAUCAUCACAGCCAGCAAAGAAGUGUAAAGUUAAUGAUGACUCUGUAAAAACAAAAGAUGGGAUAACGGUGUUGUGCAUGUUCUUUGUACUUUUGUCCAUUAACUGUAUUUGUUUUUCACAACUUGAACUAUAAAAUGGUGAUUUUCUUGAGUCAAAAUGAGAGUGCCCCUAAACAUUUUUCUUUCAAAUGAAAAAAAAAAAGCGUUGUAUACACCCCAAACUGAAACUGGUUUGGGAACCAUAGUUCUAAUCGGAAUUAUGGCAUCAAUUUCAAUUCCAACAUGUGUUCUGUGUACGCAGGGCUAUUUCUGUUCCCCUGCAGUUUAGCUUCUGGGGGGGGGGGGAAAUGCACCAAUCAUCUCCCUGUGCACUGAAGGAGGAUUUUACAUAAUUAUGUUUAUAUUCCACACUGUUCAUCUCAACGCAAAGGCCGUUCAUUUAAAUGUAAUGCAAAGGAAUUGGAGGCAUGGGAGUCUUAUUACGUAUCAUUUGUGAACGGAAAACGGCAGUGAAUGCCAAUUGCAUUUGGAGGGCUGGUUUCCAUUUCAGACAUGGUGAACGCCAACCAUUUCCAGUUCUGUUUCCAUUGGAAUUCUCUAACGCACCUAGUUCUUAGAACUAUUUUAGCAGCCUUAGGAAGAGGGAAGUAUAUUCUGUUGACAAGGCAACUGCACCUACCCUUUGCAAGGUGUGUCUCCAUGCACAUUCCACAGGAAAUAACACCAGCUCAGAGGAACACACUGAAGGCAGAAGUCAAUCUUCACCACUGCACAUCGGCUGCAUGUUAGCAGAGCCAGUGUGGUUAGGGAGGCGAACAAGGGUUCAAAUCCCCUUUUGAGCAUGAAGCUCAUUGGGUGACCUUGGGCCAGUCACUACCUCUCAGCCUAACUUACCUUGCAGGGUCAUUUGUGGGUAUUAAAUGAGGAGAGGGAGAACCAUGUAUGGCACCUUCAGCUCCUUGGAGACGAAGAUGGGAUUUAAAUGCAACCAAUCAAUCAAUUAAACUUUAUGGUACAAGGGAGUACUCACCUGGUCAUCUAAGCAAACAAGAAUGCAUGUGUUCUCGCUCCCCACCUAGCCCCAUUUGGCAAGUGGUUGUGGGAAACAAUAAAUCCCCUUGGGAGCCAGUGUGGUGUAGUGGUUAAGAGCUGUGGACUCGUAAUCUGGUGAACCGGGUUCACUUCCCUGCUCCUCCACAUGCAGCUGCUGGGUGACCUUGGGCUAGUCACACUUCUCUGAAGUCUCUCAGCCCCACUCACCUCACAGAGUGUUUGUUGUGGGGGAGGAAGGGGAAGGAGAAUGUUGGCCACUUUGAGACUCCUUAGAGUAGUGAUAAAGCGGGAUAUCAAAUCCAACCUCCUCCUCCUCUUCUUCUUCUUCUUCAAGAGCCUUCUGUCUACCUUUGCUGUACAAAAGGAUCAAGCCGGGCUUCCACAGAGCUUUGGGGGGACAAUAGCCAAGAAGCAACAACAUGAGGGUGGCAUGAUCAGGUGCAGUAAAGGUGAAGCAGGUGCAAGAGGCAGGGGUUAGGAAAAUCCACAGGGCAAGCUUGCCAGGGAAGGAGUUCUUUUGUAGGGGAUGUGGAAGGGUCAAGACUUCUCACAUGACCUCUGUUGGCCUACUGGUGAUCAAGAGGUAAGGUAAAGGUAAAGGACCCCUAGACGGUUAAGUCCAGUCAGAGGUGACUAUGGGGUUGUGGCGCUCAUCUCGCUUUCAGGCUGAGGGAGUUUGUCCACAGACAGCUUUCUGGGUCAGGACUAAACUGCUUCGGGCACAACAGAACUCUGUGACGGAAACCAGAGGCACACGGAAAUGCCAUUUACCUUCCCGCCACAGCGGUACCUAUUCAUCUACUUGCACUGGCAUGCUUUCGAACUGCAAGGUUGGCAGGAGCUGGAACAGAGCAACAGGAACUCACUCCAUUGCAGGGAUUCAAACCUCUGGCCUCCUGGUGGUCAAGAAGCCUCUCUUGUAUCUGGCUGUCCACCGUCCUUCGGCCAGUGUUCAGUGAUGGUGCAUAGCUUAAAUCUCUGACCGUUCCCUGAGUUCAGGGCCUCCAAAUGAAACCUCUUAUGAGAUCAACACAGAAUCAUAGAAUUUCAUGGCAGUUGUUUGUGCUGAUUUCCAGUCAUUUCUCCUUCUACAGAUCAUUUACCUCCUUGUGGAGCCGAAAAAGGGACCUGGAUCUUUCAGGAGAAACAGCCGACAAGGGGUUUGAUAAUCCCAUUUUCGACACACCAUGUGACCCAGUGGUAAUAAUUCCACCUUUAUGUAAAUCAUCAUCUUGCAACAGUAGCUCCUUCUUCAUCAUCUUAGCACAGAGAGAAGGCUGCUGCACAAGUCAGUGGAUCUCAAAAAUGAACAGCUAUGAAGUUGCACGAAUGCCUGAUUGCAGCUUAUGUUCGUAGGGUAGCUUGCAGCAAAGCCAGGGGAUUCUUUUAAAUGACAGUGGGGCGGGGAGGUGGUUAUAUAGUAACCCCCCUCAGGGCAGGGGUCAGUCCCCUUGUAUGGUGCAAUGCACAUUUCAUGGCACUGUAGAAAUAAAUAAUGAAAGUGUUAAGGCAGGAGAAGAAAGGAGGAUUUAUAUUCCAAGUGCUCAACAAAGAUCCUUCUGUGCACCUGGAGGUUUCCUCCUAACCACUCCCUUUCUCCUGAUUCAGAGACUCCAGAAUCCUAUAGACCCAUUGCAGUCAUUGGGCAAGAUGUUAAAAUAUUUUCUGGUAUUUUAGCUAAUAGAUUGGCAAAUAUAUUACCGUAUUUUUCGCUCCAUAAGAUGCACUUUUUCUCUCCUAAAAAGUGAGGGGAAAUGUGUGUGCGUCUUAUGGAGCGAAUGCAGGUGGGAGGCUCUGCUCAGCGCUCCCUUUAAAGAGCCGCAUGGAGCUGUGUUGGGGCAGCCCAUCAGUCCCCUCUCCCUCCUCCGGGAAAAGCCCCCAAGAGCCACACACACGCUCCACACGGCUUGUGAAAGGGAGCACUGAGCAGUGCCUGUAUGCAUCCCAGGCUCUGCUCAGCGCUCCCUUUCACGCGCCGUGUGGAGUAUGUGUGCAGGUUUUUCCCCGAAGAGGGAGAAGGGCAGCCCGUCACAGCCAGGUACCUAGUAUAAUCCAUGCAGGUCAAGCAGGUUUCAUUAAGCAUAGGCAUAUAGAAGUUCCUGCAUGUAAGAUGCCAAACGCGGUACAUUACGGAAAACUGUAGAGAAAUCCAUGUGCGAUCGCUUCAUUAGAUGCUCAUAAAGCUUUUGAUAAAAUGCAUGGGAAUUAUUUGUACCUACUCCUCUCUCAAAAGAACUUUGAUGAUGGUUCUAUAUUAGCACCACAACUAAUAGCAAGGCAGUAGUUAGGGUUAAUGUACGCGACUCUUCCACUCUGUAGAGGUACAGAGAGGUACAAAGCAAGGCUGCCCUCUGUCAAUGCUACCUUUCAUGUUUGCAAUGGAGCCACUUGCAAACGCUGUUCAAAAUAAUAAUAAAAUCAACGGCGUUAUAUGUAAUGGUCAAUCCUAUCCACUUAAUUUGCUUGCUGAUGAUAUAGCUCUGGUGGUCUCUGAUCCAGAGGUGUCGCUAAUGGAGGCCAUCGGGGAAAUUAAAGCGUUUAGUAGAUUUGACUGGAUUGAGAAAUCAGAAUGGUUGCAUCUGAAUGUACCAGUUGAUUUACAAGAUGAAUUAAGAGAGAAGACAGGCUUUCAGAUCUGUCCAUGAUAUAUUAAAUACCCUGGAAUUCACCACCACAUCACCACCCUUCCACAUUCUUCGUUCCAGAAGUCCAGGCUGGAAUAUUCCAAAACCCACCAAGCUGUAGAUUUAGGACUAAACCACAUGUAACGUUGAGCACAUCAUCAGCACACACCCCAUUUGUUAAAAAGCAGCAAUCAGGAUCAGAAGGUAGCUUUGAUUUAACCAUUUACAUGCACCACAGUUGCUUUCUGGAUUGAAACCCCCCAAGCCAAGAAAGAGUGCAAUUGUGAACAGCAUGCUUACCACAGCAUGCAGUUUGGUCCUUAGAAUAAAGCAAAGAUAGGAAAAGGUUUUGUGCAGUAUAAGCAACUUUGCAUAUAUAUAUAUAUAUAUAUAUAUAUAUAUAUAUCCCCAGAUAUCCAGCUUUUCUUAGUGCAGAAGUGGGUUAUCAUGUGCACAGCAAACGAACAGCCUUGAGCAUUGCUUUGUGAAACGUAAGUGCUGCGUUGACAAUAUGGAUUCAUCUCAACCCAUAAGAUCGACUUUCUCUUCAAAGGAUUUAAGCUCCAGAGUUAUAUUUUGCACCAGCCGCAUUAAACACUCUGGUCUCUCUCUCUUCUAGGCUUUAGCUGGUGCGUGCUCCGUGGAGGAGGAGGAGGAGGCACCAAAGGAGAUGGCGAGCAAAAAUAGCGAGCUCUAUUACAUUAAUCCUUUAUAUGAUGAAACGGAACUUUGUGCUUAA